AUGUGUCUGCACCAAGGAGAUGCCCGGCAGGACAGUACAACCACUACACAGGAAGAAGUAGCAUUGAAGACUGCAAGGUAUUAUAUGACUUUUUACUAUUUAUCCACCAUAUCUAAUAUGCACGUACUUAUAUUCAUACUAUAUCUAUGAUAUUCCUCUGUCUGCUUUAGCCCUGUUUGCUAGGUUUAGUUAGCACAGAGGACAGGGUAGACUGCAGACUUUGUCCUGCCGGGUUCCGUUGUGAUCCAGCCACUGGGACACUAGAACCAUGCCCACCAGGACAGCACUCUUCAGAGGGACUCCUUCAGUGCCUGCCCUGUCCCUUUGGGUCUGUCUGCCCCAAUGGAUACCCUCAAAAGGUAUAGGUUGUGGUAUUUAGUUUUUCACUGCAAUUGAGAAUCCAACCAACACCUACAGUAUAUACACUACCGGUCAAAAGUUUUAGAACACCUACUCAUUCAAGGGUUUUUCUUUCUUUUUUUUCUUUUUUUUACAUUGUAGAAUAAUAGUGAAGACAUUAAAACUAUGAAAUAACACAUAUGGAAUCAUGUAGUAACCAAAAAAGUGUUAAAUAAAUCAAAAUAUAUUUUAUAUUUGAGAUUCUUCCUUGAUGACAGCUUUGCACACUCUUGGCAUACCUCUCAACCAGCUUCAUGAGGUAACCUGGAAUGCAUUACAAUUAACAGGUGUGCCUUGUUAAAAGUUAAUUUGUGGAAUUUCUUUCCUUCUUAAUGCGUUUGAGCCAAUCAAUUGUGUUGUGACAAGAUAGGGUGGGAAUACAGAAGACAGCCCAAUUUGGUAAAAGACCAAGUUCAUAUUAUGGCAAGAACAGCUCAAAUAAGCAAAGAGAAAUUACAGUCCAUCAUUACUUUAAGACAUGAAGGUCAAACAAUUCUUCAAGUGCAGUCGCAAAAACCAUCAUGCGCUAUGAUGAAACUGGCUCUCAUGAGGACUGCCACAGGAAAGGAAGACCCAGAGUUACCUCUGCUGCAGAUGAUAAGUUCAUUAGAAUAACUGCACCUCAGAUUGCAGCCCAAAUAAAUGCUUCACAGAGUUCAAGUCACAGACACAUCUCAACAUCAACUGUUCAGAGGGGACUGUGUGAAUCAGGCCUUCAUGGUCGAAUUUCUGCAAAGAAUCCGCUACUGAAGGACACCAAUUAUAAGAAGAGACCUGCUUGGGCCAAGAAACACAAGCAAUGGACAUUAGACCAAUGGAAAUUUGUCCAAAUUUGAGAUUUUUGGUUCAAACCGCCAUGUCUUUGUGAGACGUGGUGUGGGUGAAAGGAUGAUCUCCGCAUGUGUAGUUCACACCGUAAAGCAUGAAGGAGGAGAUGUUAUGGUGUAGGGGUGCUUUGCUGGUGACACUGUCUGUGAUUUAUUUAGAAUUCAAGGCACACUUAACCAGCAUGGCUACCACAGCAGUCUGCAGCGAUACGCAAUCCAAUCUGGUUUGGGCUUAGUGGGACAAUAGUUUGUUUUUCAACAGGACAAUGACCCAACACACCUCCAGGCUGUGUAAGGGCUAUUUUACCAAGAAGGAGAGUGAUGGAGUGCUGCAUCAGAUGACCUGGCCUCCACAAUCCCCCGGCCUCAACCCAAUUGAGAUGGUUUGGGAUGAGUCGGACGGCAGAGAGAAGGAAAAGCAGCCAUCAAGUGCUCAGCAUGUGGGAACUUCUUCAAGACUGUUGGAAAAGCAUUCCAGGAGAAGUUGAUUGAGAGAAUGUCAAGAGUGUACAAUGCUGUCAUCAAGGCAAAGGGUGGCUAUUUGAAGAAUCUCAAAUAUAAAAUAUAUUUUGAUUUGUUUAACACUUUGUUGGUUACUACAUGAUUCCAUGUGUUAUUUCAUAGUUUUGAUGUCUUCAGUAUUAUUCUACAAUGUAGAAAAUAGUAAAAAUAAAGAAAAACCUUUGAAUGAGUAGGUGUUCUAAAACUUUUGACUGGUACUGUAUAUAUCACUAAAUACAUUAUACAAUAAGAUAUUCAAAUCAAAUCAAAUCAAAUUUUCUUGGCCACAUGCGCCAAAUACAACAGGUGCAGACAUUACAGUGAAAUGCUUACUUACAGCCCUUAACCAACAGUGCAUUUAUUUUUAACAAAAAAAGUAAGUGUUGAGAAAAAAAGAGCAGAAGUAAAAUAAAAUAACAGUAGGGAGGGUAUAUAUACAGGGGGGUACCGGUGCAGAGUCAAUGUGCGGGGGCACCGGCUAGUUGAGGUAGUUGAAGCAAUAUGUACAUGUGGGUAGAGUUAAAGUGACUAUGCAUAAAUAAUUAACAGAGUAGCAGCAGCGUAAAAGGAUGGGGUGGGGAGGCAGUGCAAAUAGUCCGGGUAGCCAUGAUUAGCUGUUCAGGAGUCUUAUGGCUUGGGGGUAGAAGCUGUUGAGAAGUCUUUUGGACCUAGACUUGGCACUCCGGUACCGCUUGCCGUGUGGUAGCAGAGAGAACAGUCUAUGACUAGGGUGGCUGGAGUCUUUGACAAUUUUGAGGGCCUUCCUCUGACACCGCCUGGUAUAGAGGUCCUGGAUGGCAGGAAGCUUGGCCCCAGUGAUGUAUUGGGCCAUACGCACUACCCUCUGUAGUGCCUUGCGGUCGGAGGCCAAGCAGUUGCCAUAACAGGCGGUGAUGCAACCAGUCAGGAUGCUCUCGAUGGUGCAGCUGUAGAAUUUUUUGAGGAUCUGAGGACCCAUGCCAAAUCUUUUCAGUCUCCUGAGGGGGAAUAGGCUUUGUCGUGCCCUCUUCACGACUGUCUUGGUGUGUUUGGACCAUGAUAGUUCGUUGGUGAUGUGGACACCAAGGAACUUGAAGCUCUCAACCUGUUCCACUACAGCCCCGUCGAUGAGAAUGGGGGCGUGCUCAGUCCUCUUUUUUUUCCUGUAGUCCACAGGAGGGGACUGAGCACGCACCCCUGAGGGGCCCCCGUGUUGAGGAUCAGUGUGGCAGAUGUGUUGUUACCUACCCUUACCACCUGGGGGCGGCCCGUCAGGAAGUCCAGGAUCCAGUUGCAGAGGGAGGUAUUUAGUCCCAGGAUCCUUAGCUUAGUGAUGAGCUUUGAGGGCACUAUGGUGUUGAAUGCUGAGCUGUAGUCAAUGAAUAGCAUUCUCACGUAGGUGUUCCUCUUGUCCAGGUGGGAAAGGGCAGUGUGGAGUGCAAUAGAGAUUGCAUCAUCUGUGGAUCUGUUGGGGCGGUAUGCAAAUUGGAGUGGGUCUAGGGUUUCUGGGAUAAUGCUGUUGAUGUGAACCAUGACCAGCAUUUCAAAGCACUUCAUGGCUACAGACGUCAGUGCUACGGGUCGGUAGUCAUUUAGGCAGGUUAUCUUAGAGUCCUUGGGCACGGGGACUAUGGUGGUCUGCUUGAAACAUGUUGGUAUUACAGACUCAGUCAGGGACAUGUUGAAAAUAUCAGUGAAGACACUUGCCAGUUGGUCAGCACAUGCUCGGAGUACACGUCCUGGUAAUCCGUCUGGCCCUGCGGCCUUGUGAAUGUUGACAUGCUUAAAAGUCUUACUCACAUCGGCUACGGAGAGCGUGAUCACAUAGCCAUCCGGAACAGCUGGUGCUCUCAUGCAUGCUUCAGUGUUGCUUGCCUCGAAGCGAGCAUAGAAGUGGUUUAGCUCGUCUGGAAGUCUUGUGUCACUGGGCAGCUCGCGGCUGUGCGAUCAGUGUGGUGUGAUCUUUAAUACACAAGGAUGAGUAGGAUAAAGAAAAAUCUGUGAUUCUGUUUUCUUACCACUUUAGUGUGGACCUGGAGAGGAGCCCAACCCGAGCCAGACGGAAUGCACAUACUGCCCAGCAGGAUUCUUCUCCAAUCUGUGCAUUGCCCAGUGUCAUCCGUGUCCAGCAGGCAAGUCACCAAGACUGUCCGUUAUGGAAAAAUUAUUAAGUUAUAAGUAGAAGCACAGAGUUUUCCCUGGUCAGGUCAGGAAAAACUCCUGGCCCUGUUCAAAAGUGUAUACUGGUGCAAUCCUCUGCCUUUCCCUCAAUUAAUUGGUUUUAAUGCAGACACCAGAUUAGUGAUCCAGUUAUUACCUUCUGGGCUAAGUUUUUCAAAAUAUUUAAUCCAGAUGUGGUCCCUCCUUUCUAAAUGAAGGGGGAACAAAUUCAGAUGGGGUGGAACAUGAUUGAGACAACACAUUAUCACUUUGAUCUGGAUUAAAUGUUUAGAAAAAGCAGCCCCAGAUAUUUUAGCGGAAGGAUUGUUCAAAGCCGGAUGGAACAGUUAAACCUGAUUAACUGAAAGUCAUUUCUCCCAAUUCCAGGGAGCUACUGCCCACACAAAAGGACCUCCCAGCCUUUGGCCUGUCUCCUUGGACAGUACUCAAUGCCUGGCCAAACACAGUGCAAGAGCUGCAAUAGGACCUCUCUAUGUGGAGACACUGUGGUACCUCGCUGGAGUAGGACAGGGGCACAGCUAGCUCAGCGGUCAAGACAGCCUGUUCCCCCUUGCCCUCCUGGGACACACAGGGACAGUGAGGAGGGAGCAGCCUGCAUCGUUUGUCCUUUAGGUGACGUCAUUCGAUUUCCAUAAAAUUCUGUAAUAAAAUACAUUACAGUUAGACUCCACUAAUACUCUUCGAUUUUAAUAUUUUAAUUGACAGUGAUUGGUAUAAAUGUAAAUCUAUAAAAUGUAUUCUCACAGGUCAUUACUGUGUUGGAGGUGUUGCUUUGCCGUGCCCAGCAGGAACCUAUGGACCCAAAGAGGCCCUACAGAGGGUGAGGGACUGCCCCCCCUGUCCAGCAGGUAAUCAGACCAUCCUCAGGUCAUCUCCACAGUGGGGAUUCAGUAAAGCUACAAUACCAACAUAAAUGUAUAGUCAAUGAAUAUAAAAGUUGUACCAGCGGCUGAAAAAAACUACAAAAAACACAUGUAGAACAUACAGUAGAAAAAUGUACAUUUCCUGCUUCUAGUUUGAUCUGCAGAGAUCUGCAACGUUUGUGGUUUAUGUUAUCUUAUGUGAUGUUAUGCCAAUGGUAUGUUUUGUGAUGUUACGUGUGCUCUGCUGUGCUAUGCUUUGUUAUGUCAUGUCAUGUCAUGUCAUCUUAUGUUAUUUCUAUCGGCUGGAAUGGAUGAGUAAUUGUGACACUUAUAAUAAUACACUUUAUCAGGGUUUUACUGUCUGGAAGGCAGCUCACGUAGACCGGGCUCCCAAUUCAUGUGCCCACAAGGGUAUUACUGUGAGGAGGGCACAGAGACGCCCCACGGGUCACCUUGCCCUGCUGGCACUGCAGGAGAACAACUGGGCCAAACAAGUAGAACAGCUUGCCGGAGAUGUUCAGAGGGACGAUUCUGUCCUGCAGGUAACGAACACACUGCACUUAGCAAACUGCACAGUACAAACACACUGCACGUAGCUACUGGAAUGGAGCAUUCAAUAUAUUGCAGAAAUAUAUCUGUAUCUAUUUAUUACAAGAGAUGUUUAUAACAAAAAGUUUAAAAUGUAGUGUAGUGUACCGAUGUCUGAGAGAUUUUUUUACUUAAACAGUACAUAAAACUAUGUUGUCGGCUGUUCUUUGAAGGGUUAUUACCAUCCUUUUGUUUAUGUGGCAGGCUCUGCAGGCCAUGGCUUGCCCUGUGCCCGUGGGAGGUUCUGCCCAGCUGGCACACUGGAGGAAGUGAUGUGCCCAAGGGGCACCUUUACUCCUCACCAAGGGGCUCUAAGUAAGGCAUCACUUGCUUCAUCUCUUUAACUAUACUGAACAAAAAUAUAAAGCAACAUGUAAGUGUUGUUCCCAUGUUUCAGACAUUUUCCAUUCGCACAAAAAGCUUAUUGCUCUCAAAUUCUGUGCACAAAUUAGUUUACAUCCCUGUUAGUGAGCAUUUCUCCUUUGCCAAGAUAAUCCAUGCACCUGACAGGUGUGGCAUAUCAAGAAGCUGAUUAAACAGCAUGAUCAUUACACAGGUGCACCUUGUGCUGGGGACAAUAAAAGGCCACUCUAAAAUUUGCAGUUUUGUCCCACAACACAAUGCCACAGAUGUCUCAAGUUUUGAGGGAGGGUGCAAUUGGCAUGCUGACUGCAAGAAUGUCCACCAGAGCUUUUGCCAGAGAAUUGAAUGUUAGUUUCUCUACCAUAAGCCGCCUCCAACGUCGUUUUAGAGAAUUUGGCAGUACGUCCAACCGGCCUUACAACCGCAGACCACGUGUAACCACGUCAGCCAAGGAUCUCCACAUCGGGCUUCUUCACCUGUGGGAGAGUCUGAAACUGGCCAACCCGGACAGCUGUUGAAACUGUGGGUUUGCACAACUGAAGAAUUUCUGCACGAACUGUCAUUAACCGUCUCAGGGAAGCUCAUCUGCGUGCUCGUCAUCCUUACCAGGGUCUUGACCUGACUGCAGUUUGGCGUCAUAACCGACUUCAGUGGACAAAUGCUCACCUUCGAUGGCCACUGGCACGCUGGAGAAGUGUGCUCUUCAUGGAUGAAUCCCGGUUUCAACUGUACCAGGCAGAUGGCAGACAGCGUGUAUGGCAUCGUGUGGGAGAGUGGUUUGCUGAUGUUAACGUUGAGAACUGAGUGCCCCAUGGUGGCGGUGGGGUUACAUUUUUGUUCAAUAUAUAACUACAACACAAUUAUAGAUGAUAACAGGUAUUUAUUAUGAUUCCUCAUAUAACUAUGUGAUGCCCUACUCAUGACAACAUGAUCAGGAAAAACUCAGGUCCCUAGAACAACAAGUCUUUAACAUCUUUAGGUGUGAAGGACUGUUUAAGAUGCCCAGCUGGCUUCUACUGCCCAGAGGGUAUCCGUGACCCCAUGCCUUGUCAGCCGGGCACAUUCAACCCCCUGGAAGGGCAAGAUGAGGCUACUGACUGCAGGGAGUGCUACCCGGGCAAGGCCUGCACACAAGUAGCCCUGAAGGCUCCGGAUGUAGACUGCAUGCAAGGGUAACUCCUUCUGACAGACUCUUACUGGCUGAAAAGUUAAUGUUGUCUAGCAGCUAUCCUUCUGACAAUACUGUACAUCUGUUCUUACUUAGGUUCUGUUUCUUAUGUUUUUGGAAUCCUGGUAGAUUUGUCUUGGAAAUGUGAAUCCCUUGAAUUGUGUAAAAUAAUAAUAUGACUAUAACAUAUUAAAAUUUUCAACAUACUAGCCCAACUUACUUUUUUGUCUCUUUUAGAUUUGUCUGUCCUCCUGGUUCUUCCAGACCCAAUGCUCUGACAAAUGCCUGUCCACCUGGGACCCUUAGCAACCGCACUGACCUAACUGACCCCGCUCAGUGCCAGCGGUGUCCUGCGCGAUACGCAUGUCUACGAGGUGCCACUCAGUCAAUUAGCUAGCUUGUUAGCUUGCUUAUUUCUUUGCUCCAGCUUCAAAUACGUUAUGCUAAAUACAGUACAUUGACCAAUAGCUACAUUUGGCAUUAGAAAAUGUGUCACCAGCUGCAUACUUGUGUAUUGUCCUACACAGGUACAGGUGGUUCUCAGAGACCUCCUCUCUCCUGCUUUCCCGGGCAUUACUGCCCACCUGGAACCAUGUUCCCUACCCAGCACAAGUGCCCAGAGGGCACGUGGAGUGAGCGCAGUGGGCUGGAGGCAGAGGGUGAGUGCCGCCCAUGUCCACGUGGCUGGUACUGCCUGGCUGGGGUGUGGGGGCCGACUGGGAGGUGCAGCUCUGGACAUUACUGCCCUGAAGGUAAGGACUGAAACACAUCCAUAGGAGAAUAGAGUAGAAUAUAGUAUAAUGGAAUAGAAGCCCCUUUUCUGAGUAGAUAUUUUGGAUAGAAAUAUACAGUAUAACGAUAAUGAAGAAGCCAUGUCUUUUAUAUAUCAAAAUAUAUGCACUCACUAACUGUAAGUCGCUCUGGAUAAGAGCGUCUGCUAAAUGACUAAAAUGUAUAUAUAAAUAUAUAUAUAUACACUACCGUUCAAAAGUUUGGGGUCACUUAGAAAUGUCAAAGAGGCACUGAGUUUGAAGGUAGGCCUUGAAAUACAUCCACAGGUACACCUCCAAUUUACUCAAAUGAUGUCAAUUAGCCUAUCAGAAGCUUCUAAAGCCAUGACAUCAUUUUCUGGACUUUUCCAAGCUGUUUAAAGGCACAGUCAACUUAGUGUAUGUAAACUUCUGACCCACUGGAAUUGUGGUAAUGUGAAUUAUAAGUGAAAUAAUCUGUCUGUAAACAACUGUUGGAAAAAUUACUUGUGUCAUGCACAAAGUAGAUGUCCUAACCGACUUGCCAAAACUAUAGUUUGUUAACAAGAAAUUUGUGGAGUGGUUGAAAAACAAGUUUUAAUGACUCCAACCUAAGUGAAUGUAAACUUCCGACUUCAACUGAGUAUAUAUAUAUAUAUAUAUAUAUAUAUAUAUAUAUAUAUAUAUAUAUAUAUAUAUAUUAUACAGUACCAGUCAAAAGUUUGGACACACGUACUCAUUGAAGGGUUUUUCUUUAUUUUUAAUAUUUUUUACAUUGUAGAAUAAUAGUGAAGACAUCAAAACUAUGAAAUAACACAUAUGGAAUCAUGUAGUAACCAAAAAAGUGUUAAACAAAUCAAAAUAUAUUUUAUAUUUGAGAGUCUUCAAAUAACCACCAUUUGCCUUUAUGACAGCUUUGCACACUUGGCAUUCUCUCAAACAGCUUCACCUGGAAUGCUUUUCCAACAGUCUUGAAGGAGUUCCCAGAUAUGCUGAGCACUUGUUGGCUGCUUUUCCUUCACUCUGCCGUCCGACUCAUCCCAAACCAUCUCAAUUGGUUUGAGGUCGUGGGAUUGUGGAGGCCAGUUCAUCUGAUGCAGCACUCCAUCACUCUCCUUCUUGGUCAGAUAGCCCUUACAUAGCCUGGAGAUGUGUUGGGUCAUUGUCCUGUUGGAAAACAAAUUAUAGUCCCACUAAGCCCAAACCAGAUUGGAUGGCGUAUCGCUGCAGAAUGCUGUGGUAGCCAUGCUGGUUAAGUGUGCCUUGAAUUCCAAAUAAAUCACAGACAGUGUCACCAGAAAAGCACCCCCACACCAUAACGCCUCCUCCUCCAUGCUUUAUGGUGGGAACUAGACAUGCAGAGAUAAUUCGUUCACCCGCACCGCGUCUCACAAAGACACGGCGGUUGGAACCAAAAAUCUCAAAUUUGGACUCCAGACCAAAGGACACAUUUCCACCGGUCUAAUGUCCAUUGCUCGUGUUUCUUGGCCCAAGCAGGUCUCUUCUUAUUAUUGGUGUCCUUUAGUAGUGGUUUCUUUGCAGCAAUUCGACCAUGAAGGCCUGAUUCACACAGUCCCCUUUGAACAGUUGAUGUUGAGAUGUGUCUGUGACUUGAACUCUGUGAAGCAUUUAUUUGGGCUGCAAUUUCUGAGGCUGAUAACUCUAAUGAACUUAUCCUCUGCAGCAGAGGUAACUCUGGGUCUUCCAUUUCUGUGGCGGUCCUCAUGAGAGCCAGUUUCAUCAUAGCACUUGAUGGUUUUUGCGACUGCACUUGAAGAAACUUUCAAAGUUCUUGACAUUUUCCGUAUUGACCGACCGUCAUGUCUUAAAGUAAUGAUGGACUGUCGUUUCUCUUUGCUUAUUUGAGCUGUUCUUGCCAUAAUAUGGACUUGGUCUUUUACCAAAUAGGGCUGUCUUCUGUAUACCCCCCCCUACCUUGUCACAACACAACUGAUUGGCUCAAAUGUAUUAAGAAGGAAAGAAAUUCCACAAAUUAACUUUUAAGAAGGCACACCUGUUAAUUGAAAUACAUUCCAGGUGACUACCUCAUGAAGCUGGUUGAGAGAAUGCCAAGAGUGUGCAAAGCUGUCAUCAAGGCAAAGGAUGGCUAUUUGAAUAAUCUCAAAUAUAAAAUAUAUUUUGAUUUGUUUCACACUUUUUGGGUUAUUAAAUGAUUCUAUAUGUGUUAUUUCAUCGUUUUGAUGUCUUCACUAUUAUUCUACAAUGUAAAAAAUUGUAAAAAUAAAGAAAAACCCUUGAAUGAGUAGGUGUGUCCAAACUUUUGACUGGUACUGUAUGUUUUGUAAACUUACCAUCAAAAAGUACCAUAAUGAUUGAGUGUCCAUAUAGCUGUACUAUGAUAUUUGCACGUACUAAGUAAACCUCCAAUUGUUCUCCACUAUUCCACCCGCUAAAACCUCCCCCCAUCCCAUGUUGGGUUGUCGUCCCAGUGACUGGCAGACCACCCCUGUCCACCUGGAUCCUAGGGCCUUUGAGAGAUUGGGACCCAUCUUUUAAAAAGAGCACACAGUGGCACCCACAGAACUGAAGCAGAUUAACUGCCAAAAGCAUUUCCAACACCCUCAUCUCGAUUGUGUACAGUUUGUGUACGAUUGUGUACAGUUAUUUAAAAAUAUUAUAUAUAAAAAAAUCUUGCAUAUCUUCAUUUAUUUUCACAUUUAACUAAUAAUAUGCGUAAUAAUGUAGGCAGUUCAUACAAAGGAUUGUUACCUAUAACCAGGAUUGCCAUUACAAAAAUUACAUUUUUGGCAAGCAAUAAUUAAUUUGGCAAACAAUUAUUGUGAUUCAUCCUAUAUUGUCCGGAACAUCAUUACCCCAUAGCAACAGAUGUGGUAUACACCCACACACACACACACUCAUACACACUCCCCAUCCUUCCCCCACAAACAACCACAAACUCAGAUGUUCAACAGUAGAUCCAUCCCCGAGCCCAACUCAAGAGAAGACUUGAUGUGCGAAUGCAUAUGCAGUUGUAGCUGUUUGAGAAGGCAUGCAAAAUUGAGCAAGAAUGGGGAGAUUUGAUGAAUCAAUGGCAAGUCCUAGCUGAUGGAGCACAGAUACACCCCUUUCCCAUGAAACACACACGCUGGUCCCCCGUUGAGACCAUUUUCCCAAGCAUCUCUGUGCAGUCAGACCUUUCGAUUAUUUUGUGCAACCAGGGCCACAAUAAUUUGCCCCAUCUGAUUGUCCGAGUGUGACCCCCUCCCCAUGGGUUACUGCAGCUAGUGUUGGAAGCCAUGUCUUUCAUCUGUACUCUUGUCCCCAGGAACAACGUAUGGCACACAAUUUCCCUGCCCCCCUGGCACCUACAGCACCAAGAUGGGCAACGGACAAAGAGAGGACUGCCACUUCUGUCCUGGAGGGUCGUACUGUCCAGAGGGCACCUCCAAGCCUACACCCUGCCCACCGUAAGAGAUGGUGAUGAUGAAUGAUUUGAAGGACAAGAAGGAAGAUAAUGGGGAUGAUGCUACAAGUCAUUUACUGCUGUUUCCGGUCUCUUCUAGCUCUACAUUUCGCCGUCUGAAAGGAGGGCAGAGCCUGGAGGAUUGCUCUGUGUGCCCAGCAGGCUAUUUUUGUCCCCUCCGAGCCACCAUCAGCCCCAGAGUGUGUGGAGCUGGCAGUUACUCUGUAAGGCCCAGUUCACAACAUGACGUCCCCUUUGAGUGGUGGACCGACUGCAAGACAAACAGAAAUAUACAUGUUUUUCAGGCUUUUUCUCAUAAGCCACUCUGAUUGCCCUAUUUCAAUACAAAGGUAGACAUGUUCCUUUUCUAAUUGCUGGGGCACUAAGUAUCUUAAAAAGUAGCUCUUAUCAGUAAAACUAUAUUUUUAGUCUUGGUUCUGUUUUAAGGGCUAGCGAUAUCUGAUCUUUCACUUUCAUUGUGUGUGAAUUCUAUGAGCCAAGGUUACAAAUGUGUGUAACCCUCUGGUACCUGCUGCCACCCAGACUCAACCCUGAACAUGCUUAACGUAUACAUUUCCUCUUUUCUCUUCUCUUCUCACUCUCUUUUCUUUCUUUUCUUUUAUUCAGGACAAGGGCUCGGUGGAGUGCUUCCCCUGUCUGCAGGGCCACUACUGCAGUAACGAGACGACCAGUGAGGAGGCCAUGCUGAGUGUCAUGGUCUGCCCUCCAGGCUUCCUGUGUUCCCAGGGCCUGGCCAGAGAGCCCCAGAGAUCUGCCAUCCUCUGCCCCCGAGGCUUCUACUGCCCUGGGGGAGGCAUCGUGAGUCAGUCUCUGUCAGAUUCAGAUUCAGGUUUAAAAGCUCUUUAUUGUCACAUUAAUGGGCAAUUUGGUUACAACAGAAUAAAAACAUCUAACAUCAUUAAAAACAACAAAACAGAGAAAACAUAACAUCAAUGCAGAUAAGACUAAAAGGUGCAAAAGUGCUUAAGGCAAGUCAAAAGUGUGAGUCAAUUAAAGUUUUUUACAGGUAGAAUACAGGGUCAUGGUCAUUCAACGGUUUGUUCAGAUUUUGACGUUUGCCCUCUGUGUUAUUGAAGGACCCAAACCCCAUUCCGUGUCCAAACGGAACCUUCAGCAGGCAGCCUGGUCUGCGUGACCUCACAGAGUGCGCAGAGUGUCCCGUGGGAAAAUACUGCUACUCCCAGCAGCCACAGGAGCAGCCUAUUAUUGAGCCAGUAAGUUGUUGUUAUGUUCAGUGACAAUUCUUUCACUUUUGGCCCUCUCUCUCACAAUGCACAUCUCUUGUUGAGACUUGUACUGUAUAUGCCCCAAGGCACCAAUAGGAAAAGGUAUAAGUAAUUAUUCUGUUGGGGCUUUUUUCCCCUUUAUGUUUUUGUCUUUUUCCUGGUAUUUUUUGCCACCCUUUCAUUCAACAUGGUUGUGUUUCAGACAGGGAGCUGCCCUAAUGGCCAUUACUGCCCUCUGGGUACUGGGUAUCCAUACACGUCCCCCUGCCAGUCUGGCUUCUACAGGAACAACUCUCACGGUCACCAUGGGGAUGUGUGUGUACCAUGUCCAGCCAGGUACUACUGUGCCAGUCCAGGAACAUCCACACCCACUGUCUGCCCACAGGUAGGACUACCACUCACUGUAUUCAUUCAUAAUUGAAUCCAAACACUUUCCUCCAAACAGUUUUUAGGUUGACAGCGACACAUAUACUUCAUUGUACAGUAUGUUCUAUUUCUACAUUUUAUAUGAUAAGUUACAUCUAUAUUUUGAUAUUUUAUAUUAUUAUAGGGUUUCUAUUGUUCUGAGGGAAGCACUGUUCCAAGGCCUUGUGAAGAGGGCACCUACAGUUCCCGUCCUGCUCUCAGUGAUGUGUCAGAGUGCGCUCCCUGUGGCGGGGGCCGGUACUGCAGUGGAGUAGGAAGGACUGGGCCCUCAGGGGACUGUGGAGAGGGCUUCUACUGCAGGGAGAGAGCCUCGUCAGCAGUAAGAAAAUGUUUUCUAUCAUUAACUUGGCUUCACUGGCCUUACACGUAACUCGUCCUACUGUAAAGACAAGUGUUUGAUUUGGCUAGGAUCUAAACAUGAAGAAAUCCUUAAAAAAAUUACAUUCUGACAAUAUCCUUUACCAGAAAUUAUGCAUUUUGAAGAUUUUCUGUCUUCUGCAGACCCCAUCUGAUGGGCCAACUGGUGGCUUGUGUCCAGCAGGAAGUUACUGCCCCCCAGGCUCUCCCUACCCCUCCCCCUGCCCCGCAGGCACCUUUAGCAACAGCACUGGCCUCCGCAACUCCCAGCAGUGUGUUGACUGCCCACCUGGGUAAGAACUCAUAGUUAGGGCCUGGUGUUUUUUCCCAGUCAGGUCACAUGGUCAGAAAAACUCCUAGCCCCAUCUAUUUUCGAGAUCUGAUUCAGCUAUACCUUUUAAUGUUGUCAUAUGAAAAUUAUAGAAAAGCACCCACUGUAUAUAUCAUCAUCAAUGUGUUUCUUUGUGUUAGGUCCUAUUGUUUAGGUUCGAAUAACACCUCUCCAACUGGCCUGUGCUCUGCUGGUUUCUACUGUACGGGUGGCUCUGCAUCGCCUGCUCAGAAUGAGGCUGAGGAGGGUCAUUAUACCCUGGAAGGGGCCGUGAGACCUGAGCCCUGUCCCCUUGGCACCUUCCAACCGGUACAGUACAUAUAUAAUCAUGUAGUGCAUGAUGUAGGGAGUGCGUGCCGUUUAGGAUGCCACGCAGUCUACUGACAAACAGGGAAAUGUACUAUUUCACAUGGACAGUAUUUCCAUGUAUUUUUUCUCCUUCAGGGUAGAGGCUGUUCAUCAUGUUUGGAGUGCCAGAGAGGCAGGCUGUGUAACCAGAAAGGCAUGUCACAGCCUGGACUCUGUCCCACAGGACACUACUGUCCCCCCGGAUAUGCUGGGGCUCACCCCUGUCCUCCAGUGAGUAGCCUAUGACUUGACCUCUGGUGAUAAAAAGUGACACCCGCUCUGACAUUUUAAUGGAUUUUAUUUUGGUGUGUGUGUAUUUGCGUAUGUGUGUGUGUAUACGAUUGUGUAUGUGUGAUGUGUGUGUGUGUGUGUGUGUGUAGGGCUCCUAUGCAGAUCAACCAGGGAGAGAGGAGGUGCAGCACUGCAGCCCCUGUGAUGCAGGCUGGUUCUGCAGGAGGGCUGGUCUCUCUGCCCCUCAGGGUCUCUGUGACCCUGGCUUCUACUGUACCUCAGGGGCCACCACCGCCACCCCGGUAACUAGUAUACAUAUCUAAUACAUGUCACCGAGUUGGAUGUCGUUUGAAUGUCGUCAAGAGGUCAGUUGGCUUUUCAUAGCCGAGCAUUCAGAGGUCGAGACAGCAAGUGCGGUAGAGAGAGAGGGAGAGAGCGAGAGAGCGAGAGAAAGACAAAAACAGCAGGUCCGGGACAAGGUAGCACAUCUGGUGAACAGGUCAGCAUAGCUGAAAACUGUUGUGCUGAUUAAAGAAGCAAUAAAACUGGCCUUCUUGAGACUAGUUGAGUAUCUGGAGCAUCAGCAAUUGUGGGUUCGAUUACAGGCUCAAAAUGGCCAGAAACAAAGAACUUUCUUCUGAAACUCGUCAGUCUAUUCUUGUUCUGAGAAAUGAAGGCUAUUCCAUGUGAGAAAUUGCCAAGAAACUGAAGAUCUCGUACAACGCUAUGUACUACUCCCUUCACAGAACAGGGCAAACUGGCUCUAACCAGAAUAGAAAGAGGAGUGGGAGGCCCCGGUGCACAACUGAGCAAGAGGACAAAUACAUUAGAGUGUCUAGUUUGAGAAACAGACGCCUCACAGGUCCUCAACUGGCAGCUUCAUUAAAUAGUACUCGUAAAACCAGUCUCAACGUCAACAGUGAAGAGGCAACUCCGGGAUGCUCACCUUCUAGGCAGAGUUGCAAAGAAAAAGCCAUAUCUCAGACUGGCCAAUAAAAAUAAAAGAUUAAGAUGGGCAAAAGAACACAGACACUGGACUUCUUUGCAACUCUGCCUAGAAGGUCAGCAUCCCGGAGUCGCCUCUUCACUGUUGUUUUGCGGGUACUAUUACAUUUUCCAGGUCAAGGUUUGGCUUUUUCAGGAGAGGCUUUAUUACUGCCAUUUCUGGUGAGUUUGGUACACAUCCGGAGGAUAGGGAGCUGUUUAUUAAGUUCAACAUAGGAGGGCCAAGCACAGGAAGUAGCUCUUUCAGUAGUUUAGUUGGAAUAGGGUCCAGUAGGAGGCUGGAAGGUUUCGAGGCCAUGACUAUUUUCGUGAAUGUGUGGAUAGAUACAGGAUUAAAAUACUUGAGUGUCUUCAUUGAUCCUAGGUCCUGGCAGUUCUGUUCAGACUCAGAACAACUGAGUUUUGGAGAAAUAGGCAGAUUCAAAAAGGAGUCCGUAAUUUUCUUUCUAAUGAUCAUGAUCUUUUCGGCGAAAAAGUUCAAGAAUUCAUCACGGCUGAAGUGAAGGCCAUCCUCUCUUGGGGAAUGCUGCUUUUUAGUUAGCUUGGCGACAGUAUCAAAAAUACAUUUUGGAUUGUUUUUAUUCUCCUCAAUUAACUUGGUUAAGUAGGCUGAUCGAGCAGCAGUGAUGGCACGGUACUGUCUUUCCAAGCUAGUUGGAAGACUUCCAGUUUGGUGGAGCGUCAUUUCCGUUCCAAGUUUCUGGAAGAUUGCUUCAGGGCUCAGGUAUUUUCUGUAUACCAGGGAGCUAAUUUCUUGUGACAAAUGUUUUUUUGUUUUUAGAGGUGCGACUGCAAGGUUAAAUGUAGAUCCUCGGUUAGGUGGUUAAAUUAUUUUUGUACUCUGACGUCCUUGGGUAGGUGGAGGGAGUCUAGAAGGGCAUCUAGGAAUCUUUAGGUUGUCUGAGAAUUUAUAGUGCGGCUUUUGAUUAUUCUUUUUUGGGGUCCUGAUCAGAUUAUUUUGUUGCGAUUGCAAACUUAAUAAGAUUGUGGUCCGAUAGUCCAGGAUUAUGAGGAAAAACAUUUAGAUACACAAUAUAUAUUACAUGGGACAAAACUAGAUCCAGGGUAUGACUGUGGCAAUGCGUAGGUCCAGAGACAUGUUGGACAAAACUCACUGAGUCGAUGAGGGCUUCGAAAGCCUUUUGAAGUGGGUCUGUGGACUUUUCCAUGUGGAUAUUGAAGUCACCAAAAAUGGGAAUAUUAUCUGCCAUGACUACAAGGUCCGAUAGGAAUUCAGGGAACUCAGUGAGGAACGCUGUAUACGGCCCAGGAGGCCUGUAAACAGUAGCUAUACAAAGUGAUUGAGUAGGCUGCAUAGAUUUCAUGACUAGAAGCUCAAAACAUGAAAAAGCAGUCAUAUUUUGGGGGGUAAAUUGAAAUUUGCUGUCCUAAAUGUUAGCAACACUUUCGCCUUUGCGGGAUGCACGGGGGAUAUGGUCACUAGUGUAACCAGGAGGAGAGCCCUCAUUUAACACAGUAAAUUCAUCAGGUUUGAGCCAUGUUUCAGUCAGGCUAAUCACAUCAAGAUUAUGAUCAGUGAUUAGUUCAUUGACUAUGACUGCCUUAGAAGUGAGGGAUCUAACAUUAAGUAGUCCUAUUUUUAGAUUAUUAUUAUUAUUAUUAUUAUUAUUAUCAAUCUCUUUCAAUAAUGACAGGAAUGGAUGAGGUCUUUAUUCCAGUGAGAUUGCUAAAGCGAACACCGCCAUGUUUAGUUUUGCCCGACCUAGAUCGAGGCACAGACACGGGCUCAAUGGGGAAAGCUGAGCUGACUACACUGACUGUGCUAUUGGCAGACUCCACUAAGAUGGCUGGCUGGCUAACAGCCUGCUGCCUGGCCUGCACCCUAUCUCAUUGUGGAGCUAGAGCCCUGUCUAUGUUGAUAGAUAAGAUGAGAGCACCCCUCUAGCUUGGAUACUCGAUGCCAACACAUCUUUCUAGCAAAGUAACAGGCUUAAGUUAUGUUGCGCUUGGUGACCUCUGACUGUUUCAUCCUAACAUCGUUGGUGCCGACGUGGAUAACAAUAUCCCUAUACCAUCUACACUCCGCAGUUUUAGCCUCAGCCAGCACCAUCUUCAAAUUAGCCUUAACGUCGGUAGCCCUGCCCCCUGUUAAACAAUGUAUGAUCGCUGGAUGAUUAUUUUUAAGUUUAAUAUUGCGGGUAAUGGAGUCGCCAAUGACUAGAGUUUUCAAUUUGUCAGAGCUAAUGGUGGGAGGCUUCGGCAGCUCAGACCACGUAACGGGUGGAGGGGAGACUUGAGAAGCCUCGGGCUCUGACUCCGACUCGUUGCUUAGUGGGUAAAACCGGUUUUAAGUUUCUAUAGGCUGAAUGAGUGACACCAGUUGACCAUGCCGAAAGCAUUUCUUUCCUGAAGCCAUGAGAAAAUGGUCCGGCUGCUGGGACUGUGCAGGGGGAUUAACACUACUACCUGUAUUUACUGGUGGCACAGACGCUGUUUCAUCCUUUCCUAACACUUAAAUUGCCCUUGCCUAAUGUUAGAAAUUGCGUCAAUUCAAAUUGGUAUAGGAACAAAAGAGAGUCAACCACCGACUUCUAGGUAUACUAGUUAUUUUAAAUUAUGAACAAAAACCUUCAUGGUAAAUAUGAUGUUUCGUAUAUACGGGUCUUCUGUGAUGCUCGCAGGGACACUCCAGAGAACUAACACAUGUUCCAGAAACAAUACCCAAAUACUCUGACAGAGGGAACUUCCCACUCUCUGGUCUUGGCCAAUUAGAGUAAGACUUGAGCGUGUUUAAACUUCUAGCCAUCCGUUGUUCAGGGUGUUCUCAUCUCUUCGGCGCCAUUUGUUACCACUUCGCCAGGCCAGUAUCAUAACAACCUAUCUAGUGAGAAACGCUCCUUAGCUCAUCUGUCAAAGAAACUCAUAAUACAAGAACCAGUAUAGUCUAGAAUUUGAAGACACUCCUUAUCUAUUUUACCCCUAAACAGCUCUCAAUCAUCACUAAGCUUGCCAGUACAGCCUACUUAGCCAGUCAGAGAUUCUUCUAUUAUCAUCAUCAGUUUAAGAUAAAACGAUUUCGUCUGAAGCCAAGCUUGCAACUCGGCUAUCCUCACCAUAAGGCGAUAGUUCUCCUGUAUAUUAAGAGUACAGCGACUGCAAUGAGAAGACAUCAUGUUACGUAGCUUAUUGUUUUUGGCCUGAGGAGGUCCUGCAGAUCGAUGUCCAGAGAAAGCGUCCGUGGUGAAAAAGUUGAAUUAAAAAAGUUGUGUGAGGACAAAACUAAGACCUUAGUAAAUUUGUUAAAUACAGAGUUUGAUUAAAUAGUUAUUAAGAGUAAAAAGCAAAGAAGUUUGACAGGUAGCACACACACUUAUAAUUUUAAGUCAUAGUCUGACAUGAUGAAUGGUUGUACUUUGAACAGAUUGCGUUAGGUAAACGUUUUAUGUCAAUGUGAAUGUGUAUUAUCUGAUCUCUCCAGGUGGGUGUAGACUCUGGUGAUGUGUGUCCAGUGGGCUAUUUCUGCCCACUAGGCACCAGGUUUCCCCAUGAACACCCCUGUCCUGCUGGGACCUGGAGUAAUGCAGUGGGGACCCAGGGCCUGUCCUCCUGCUGGCCGUGUCUUCCAGGCCUCUACUGUAACACCACAGCCCUCACACAGCCCUCUGGGAUUUGUGCUGCAGGUAUAUAUUAUUAUGAGGGUAUUAAAUGGACAUUUCAAGCGAUGCCGUAGGACGCGGUUUUAUCCUGUCAUUAGACUACUUUAGAGGUCUGAAAACAUCUGACACAUUUUUUACCUAUGUCUUAACCAGGCCAGCGCCAGGGCCAGUGCCAUAUAAUGGAAUUGGGACAGCACUGCAUUUAGUAUGGCUAGGAUAUUGACGCUUUAUGUUAUAGCAUACUGUAUGUUUUUAGCUAUCAGUGUUUCAUGAACUCUGUGAAUUACAGGGUUUUACUGUUCAGGUGGAGCAAAAUCCCCAAAGCCGAUAGAUGGAGUGACAGGGGACACUUGUCCUAUUGGACAUUACUGUCCUAAGGGCUCAACGUCCCCCUUACACUGCCCUGAUGGCUCCUACUCAAACACUACAGGUAUAGUAUUGCCAGAUUCCAUGGCAUCCCUUCCAUACUGUACGCAUACAUGCGCUUGACCCUUUUUUCUGUUUCUGUUUUGAUCUGAAUAAUAUCUGUCACCCUACUAAACCUCCACCUUGUGAAAUCAAUACAGAAGACCAGUGUAUUUUAGGCAUUUUUCCCUUUUGAAUGUCCUGUAUACUGUAGGUGCUACAGAAUGUCUGGAGUGCCCUCCUGGGAGAUACUGCCUAGAGGGGGAAGGUGUUCAGCUCUGCCCCAAGGGUUUCUACUGUCUGGGGGGCACGGUGGAGGACGUAUUGCCCUGUCCACCAGGCACAUACAGCCAACAACCAGGACAGAGCCAACUGGAGCAGUGCCUGCUUUGUCCAGCAGGUGAGAGCAUUGUCUAUUGAAUUCAAUGAAAACCCUGCCUCGGCUGCAGUCACUAUUUCUACUGCAGUUACUACUUCUGCUGUCACCAUCCCACUAACGGCAACUAUCCCACACUAUUUAUAAUACAGUCACUACUUCUACUACUACACUAGCCUCACUUUUUCAACACUAGCCUCUAAAACCCUUCUAAACUUCUUCCACAACCAUAAAAAUGAUCUUAAGGCCAAUCUUGUGUGGGAUGCCACUUCUCACUUUUUGCUUGUUUCUCUCAACGACAGGAAUGUACUGUGAGGACUGGGGAUUGGCUGAACCAACUGGGCCUUGUCAGGCAGGUUACUUCUGUUUAGCAGGUAACGUACCCUACCACUAACACUGCUACAGUGCAAGGUAUCUCUUUAAGGACAGUAUACCGUGUAUUGGUUUAAUACGUUUCAAUAAUACAUUUUACAGUGUAAUACGUUUCACUCAGUACUCAAAAAAAUAACUACAAAUAACAUUUAAUGUCCCCAGGUCUAAACUUCAGGAACCCAGAUGGGAACAUCAGUACAGGAGUGGGGGGAGCCUGUCCAAAGGGUCAUUACUGUCCAGAGGGUACCAGUCUACCUCUACCCUGUCCUCUGGGGACCUUUUCUAACAGGUUAUUAACUGUUUAUUUAUGGUCUUUGUAUAUGGACACAUAAAGGCACACACCUAGAUGGGCUUGAACACUUAUAAACCAUUUGUAUAAUGAUAAUCAAUAUUCAUGAAUAGAUGUAUGUGACUAGGAUUUAAACCAGCGUGUUUGUGUGUGUGAUUAACUGAAUUGAAAUGGAAUUGACCCCAACCAUGUAAGUUUGGAGGUUACACAAUAACCAGCUGUCUACAAUUGAUAAGCAUUGCUCAGGAGAGGAGAUGUCCUCAGUAAAUAGUCCAUGUGUGUGUGUCUGUGUGUCUGUGUGUAGUCUCCAUGUGACAGAGGUCUCCGGCUGCAGCCCGUGUACUCCAGGACAGUUCUGUGGUUCCGAGGGGCUAACCCGUCCAUCUGGAGCCUGCCAGGAGGGAUUCUACUGCCCAGGGGGGGACCGCUUAGCCACGGGUACAUUAUAAUCAGAGCACAUUCAUUAUCAUAGGCCCUGCGAUACACUAGCGUCCUGUUCAGGGGGUGUUUGUGUGCGUCAAGCUGCUUCACGCUACAGAAUCAGGAGAUAGGCUCCUGCCCUAUGGGCCGUUCUGGCUCGGACAAGGCUUACUUGUCCAAGGCUUGCUUGCUUACUUACUUACAUUCAUUAUCACAGUCAAUCUAGUCUCUUCCCACAGCCUCUGUGUCUAGACCCAAGAGUUUGGCAAAGCGAGACUACAGUCAAUGAUAUAAUCAGAUCAGUUAGAGUUUUAGAUGAUAGUCAAUGAAUACAUCCCAAUUACACAUUGAUUUGAUCAAUAUUAGCAGCUCUAAUCACUGUUUCUAAUUGAAAUCUCCUGUGCAGGGUUUGAGGGAAGAGGAGGAAGAGAGGGAGGAGGAAGAUGGGGAGGGCUCUGCCCCCCAGCCCAUUACUGCUCCCCUGGCAGUGCCAUCCCAGUGCCCUGCCCAGCUGGCACGUAUGCCAGCCUGACAGGCCAGACGCAGUGCCCCCGCUGCCACGCUGGUUACUACUGCCCUGAGAGGACCAGUAACUACACCCUGUUCCCCUGUCCCCCUGGCUUCUACUGUCCUGAUGGUAGGAAACCAUAUCCUCAUGUCUUAUUAAGGUUUUCCAGCACAUGGUUGGUUGAAAAGGUUUGAGUCCUAAGCAAGUUGACCAGUGGGUGAGUCCAUGUUGUUUGAAGUGAUUACCAACCCAACAACAGUACUCUAGCGCUGUGUUUCUGAACCCUUUUUUGUACGAGGGACUGACAAGUUGAGUGUGUUGGGACCAGCCAGAGUUAAGCAAGUGUCAAAGCUGAGUGUGUUGGGAUACCUUGUUAGUGUGACUGCACAUAGGUCAGGAUUAAGGUUGUGGUGCUUAUUUUGGGGAUUUCAUUAAAUAACUGCAAAAUCUGUCUAUUCCACACAGUAUGGCCAUUAUCAGUGGUGUUGUGUUGUGUGUUACAGUGUGUUGUGUGUUACAGUAUGUUGUGUGUUACAGUAUGUUGUGUGUUACAGUAUGUUGUGUGUUACAGUGUGUUGUGUGUUGUGUGUUACAGUAUGUUGUGUGUUAUAGUAUGUUGUGUUGUGUUCAAGGCACGCGGCAUGCCACCCAGUUCCCCUGUCCCCGUGGCUACUACAACCCUGAGCCCAUGACCCAGAGCCUGGACAGCUGUCUGCCCUGUCCCCCUGGACACUACUGUGAGAAGGAGAGACUGACCGCUGUCUCAGGGGAAUGCAAAGCCGGUCAGUUGAUAGGCCUCUAUUAUCUGAAAGACUCUCUCUAGGGCCAGGGGUUCUCCCAUACCAUGUGAUCUGACCAGAAAUAACUCGCAGCUGUAUUCGUAAAUAUAACUAGGGCAGGAAAACCUGCUGGCCUUAUGCCCUUCAUAUGAGUGAUUCAGGAUACUGUGUCUUGUAUGGCUCUCUCUCUCUCUCUCUCUCUCUCUCUCUCUCUCUUACACUCGCUCUCUCUCUCUCACACUCUCUCUGCCCCUUUCUCCAUCACCCCCAGGUUGGUUCUGUGUGUCCGCUGCCUGGAACUCCCAGCCCUUUGACCUGGACAACUACACUAACGCCAACUGCCUGUGUCCUGCCACCUCCACCGGGGGGCGCUGUCAGGAGGGCUUCUACUGCCCCCAAGGAAGCCCUGAGCCUCUGCCCUGCCCUCCAGGGGCCUUCUGCAACAUCUCUGGUAGUGUGUGUGUCACACCCUAUUGUGUCACCCCAAUCAAGAUUCCUUUUUCAGCUUGUUGCUCAUUAGAGUAGAACACCACAUGCGGGCCUUAUGUCUGACACCCCUGUGGGUGGUUUGAGUACAUUUUAUUCUGAGAGAAAAUAUCUCAAUUGACAUGACUAAAACCAAAUUGAAACUGUGUAGAAAUGAUAAUGGACCUACAUUUAUAGUCUCUUCACUCUGUCCAGCUUGCUAACAGUCAUCGAAACGAAAGAUAGAGGGUCAGCGAGCAUUGAAAAUUCCAAAAGCGAUAUAGGAUGUUUUUUUGCUAAUUUUGACAGCAAGAAAUAUAACACAUUUUAAGUGCGGCCCUUCGGGCCUCGGUGAAGACCGAAUGCGACCCGUGGUGUAAAAUUAGUUUUACACCCCGGCGUAGAAUUUAGAAUACCGUACUGAAUUGAAAUGGAAUUGACACCAACCCUGGGAGUCAAUUUGGAACUGAAACGGUAACUCAGUAUACAACUCUUCAGUAAAUAGUUAAUGGAUGAUUGUAAUCUGAUGAAGCAGAGCUUUCAAUUGCAUACACACUCAUACAGUUAGUUAUAUACUCAUUCCUCAUGUUGUCCAAUAGGUCUGGCCCUGCCCAUGGGACCAUGCUCCCCUGGCUUCUAUUGCACAGAGGGAGCCACUCGGGCCAAACCCACUGACGGAGAGACUGGCAACAUCUGCCCUCCUGGAACUUACUGUGGUAAUUGAUACAGCAGCACUCACCCUGGUUCUUAAUUAGUCAAAACACAUCUGUGUUCUUAUUGGACACUUUAAGGUAGUAACCCCACAUUUCCCUCGAUUUCAAAACGUUUUCCACCUACUGAAGUGUGGUGAGCUUGAUGUGUGGAGAGCUUUCUGGCACAAAAUGUCUGCUACGCGUUGGCAAUGGAAGAAUUUAGUCUCUCUCCCCCCCAUACACUGCAAAGGGCUUUGAACACCUGGAAAAGUCCCUUGCAAAUCAAAUCUAUUAUCAUUUUUUAAUUGCCUCUCCAUCUUGAUGACAACUGUGAAUCGUGUUGAUAGCCAUUAUCUGUCUUUACUAGCAGUGGAGUGAAGUUGUCUUUUCCUCUCAGGUGAAGGUUCUGGGGAGCCAGAGCUGUGUCCUGCUGGUACUUUCUCCCAAGUCUCAGGCCUCUCCAAUGUGUCUCAGUGUCAGGCUUGUACUGCAGGGUUUUACUGCGCUGCUGCAGGCCUGAGGGAUCCUACUGGGCUAUGUAGCGAGGGUGAGUUCAUUUUGGCUCAAUCCUAAAUCGACCCCCAGACCCUAUGCACUUGUGAAAAUCAGGUGUAAGCAAUAUGGUAAUAGCUCCACUUGCUCACUGAUAUGCUAGGGGGAAGUUUCAUCAUAUUGCUUAUACAAAUCAAAUUCUCUCGGAUCUCCACAAGUGCAUCUCCACAAGAGCGUAUGGUUUAUGGGUAAAUUUGGAAUUGGGCCAUAAACUGUACUUGUGUGGCUUAACUCUGUCCUCCUUGCUAGACGUGCCUUCAGGUCUCCCAUCAGUGGUAGAAAUCCUUUCACGCUACUUCCUAUUGUUACGCUAUAUUUUAUUGAUCCUUUGUACCAGGUAUUCUCAUGCCUUAUUGGUUAAUUAUUUAUCCAUGUGGGUCCAUUGAGAUGGUUACUGUAUCUCUAGCCAAGAGGUAGUGUCACAAUAUAAAGGCUGUCACUGUAACCAGAGGAAAGAGAGACUGUCGUAUUGUAACUCUGUCUCUAUCGCGGUGUUCUAGGUUACUGGUGCCCUCCAGGUCAGAGGGUGGCCACAGCCCUGGCUUGCCCAGCAGCCCACUACUGUCCCCAUGGAAGUGCAGUUCCUGAGCCCUGCCCCUCUGGAACCUUCCAAGACAGAGAGAAACAGGCCACCUGCAAUAUCUGUGAAGAGGGUAUGUACUGUAAUUGUAUGAGCUCUCUCUCUCUGUUAACAGUACACUGUUCUGUGUUCUGGAUCAUUCCACAUACUUAGGGCACAGAGUUUUUCCUUACUAUGUGACCUGACCAGGAAAAACUCUGGACGCUAGUUAUAACCUAUAUAACUCUGGACCCUAGUUAUAGCCAAUUACAAGGACCCAGAGUCAGGUCACAUGGUCAGAAAAAGCCCAGGACAGAUAUUGGCAAGCUAAUUAUUGAUCAAAGUUGUGCACUAAAAUACACAAACAACACUGUAUCUUUCCAUCUAGGUUAUUACUGUGACCUGAGGUUGGGCCUGGAGAAUGCCUCAGUGCUUCGGCCCUGCCCUAAAGGACAUUACUGCCCCCGGGGCACUGCCUUGGCCACCCAGAACCCCUGCCCCCCAGGCUCAUUCAACCCCAGAGAGCGAAUAGACCGCCUGACUGGCUGCAUGCUCUGUCCUCCAGGACAGUUCUGUCCUACCAUGGGACUCGCUGAACCUGCAGGUGAGAUAGAUCUCCUUUCUCCUGAAGUGUGCAGUCGUUCACUGCUUCCCACCAAUCUAAAAGCAUUGGAUUGGGGGAGGCAUGGGCUAGUGGGAGUUUUCACUACAUUUCUUAUACCAGUCAUUUCCUGGUAUAAUCAGUAAAGGGAAGUGGACAAGUGCACACUUUGGGAGGAGAGAUAAUUGGGAUAUAGCCAGAGGUUAUUGAUGUAUCACCUAUUUUUGUGACUCUUCUCUUUUUCUCACCCAGUUUCUCGUCAACUAUACAAUCAGGUCCAUAAUUAUUGGCACCCUUGAUAAUGAAUAGCUAAAAAUUCUGUAUAAAAUAAAUAAUACAAAUACUGAGCUAUAUUGUAUGCAAAAAAAAAAAAAGUUUGAUGGGAGCUAUAUAUACAGUAUAUAUAUAUUGGAAGUUAAGUUAACUCAUCGUGACAUAACCAGAGCUUGGCUCCUAUGCUUGGUAAUGCAGUGUGACAGGUACUGUACAGUAGGAAGAAGCAAACACUGAUGAUAUGUUUUGUAACAUUGUACGUAGGUUACUGCAACGCUGGCUUCUGGUGCAGGGAGGGGGCGUACUCCCCCAGUCCUGUGGACGGCCUCUCAGGCUUUCUGUGUCCUGCUGGACAAUACUGCCCCUCAGGUAGCUCUCUGUUCCUUCUCCUACUGUGUAGCUCUCAAAUACUUGUUAUUUUGCUUUGAGUAGCCAGAGACUAUGUAUAAUAUACUCAGUAUUAAUACUGCAUCUGACCAGUUUGAUCAUUACAGUACUGUUAUAAACUGAGUGGAGGUUUCGGACUAGUAAUCUCGCUGCAUGGUGUAUACUGCUGCAUCAAUCAAUCAAUUGAUUUGCGUAUACAGUUUAUGAUGGGAUUUUACAACACACCAGUUGCUAAGGCAUUGUAGGCAUUGAGAUUUCUCUGGACCUGCUCUGCAGGUACCCCUGCCCCUGUGCCCUGUCCUUUGGGCACCUGGUCCAACAGUACAGGCCUGGCGAACCAGGAAGAGUGCCAACCAUGCCCUGGAGGACUCUAUUGUGACUCUAACAGCCUCACCGCUCCCACUGGGCCCUGCACUGGAGGGUAUACAGUAAAUACUAUCUCACUUAUACACAGGCUGAGUUCCAAUUCCCUUACUCCCCCUUGUGGAUUUAAAGGGAUAGUUAAAAAAUUAAGUUUGACCUUUUUUUCCUAACUACACCAAGCAUUUGGUUGAUGUAAGAAGGGGAGUCAUAUUUCUUACACCAUCCUUCCAUGGGGAGUAGACAAGGGCACACUCAGGGGGAAAAGGGUAGAUAAUCUGACAAAAGCUAUAGUGUUUUUUUAUUUUAUUCAGUAGUUCAGUUAUCAUGUAUUCUUCCUUUUCUGUGCAGAUAUUAUUGUCUUGAGAGAGCAGUGACACCCACUCCCACUGAUGGCUCCACAGGCGGACCCUGUCUAGAGGGUCACUAUUGUCCCGUAGGAACCACUCAGCCGUUGCCCUGUGAUCCAGGGACAUACAUGAUUGGAACGCAUGCAACUGAAUGUGAGCCCUGUACCCCUGGCUGGUACUGUGUGUCAGGCACCCUGCAACUGUGUCCUGCAGGUCAGUAGAGCAAUUCUUAUAUCUUUGAACUUUCGUUGAAAUACUAAUAUAAGGUAUCAUUGAUAAAACCCUCGACAACAAUACGGCUGAAUGUCUCUCAUUACGACACUACAUUGAUAAGGAUAUGAGAAUCUGCAACUAUCUAUAUAAUCACAGCACCCCACAGAUGGGAAAAAGUGGAACUUUUGAUUGAGUGGAACAUUGGUUCGUACUCUUGCACCAAGAAAAGUCCAAUCUUUUUUUCUUUCUUUCUUUACCCUCUAGGUUUUUACUGUCACGAGGGAACGGGAUAUGACUUGAGAGCUUGUCCAGAGGGCACGUACAGCCCUGAGCUGGGCCUGACGUCCAUCAGCCAGUGCAGGCAGUGUGACGGUGGCCAUUACUGUCCACUUAGGAAUGGCACCUCGGUCACAGGACAGUGCCUGGAGGGGUAUUACUGCUCCUACGGAAACACCUCUCCACAGCCUCCCUCUCACUCUGCAGGUGACAAUGUCUAUCUAAUAAUGGUUCUGGUCACACAUUAAAUUGACUGCAACUUAUAAAGGAUUCAUAGAAUGUUCAUAAAGUCUUCAUGAGAACUAUAUACAGUGCUAUGAAAAAGUAUUUGCCCCCUUUCUAAUUUUCUCUACUUUUGCAUAUUUGUGAUACUGAAUGUUAUCAGAUCUUCAACCAAAACCUAAUAUUAGAUAAAGGGAACAUAAGUGAACAAAUAACACAACAAUUACAUACUUAUUUCAUUUGUUUCAUAAACAAAGUUAUGCAACACCCAAUUCCCCUGUGUGAAAAAGUAAUUGCCCCCAUACACUCAAUAACUGGUUGUGCCACCUUUAGCUGCAAUGACUCCAACCAAAUGCUUCCUGUAGUUGUUGAUCAGUCUCUCACAUCGCUGUGGAGGAAUUUUGGCCCCCUCUUCCAUGCAGAACUGCUUUAACUCAGUGACAUGUAGGUUUUCAAGCAUGAACUGCUCAUUUCAAGUCCUGCCACAACAUCUCAAUUGGGAUUAGGUCUGGACUUUGACUAGGCCAUUCCAAAACUUCCAAUUUGUUGCUUUUUAGCAAUUCUCAUGUAGACUUGAUUGUGUGUUUUGGAUCAUUGUCUUGCUGCAUGACCCAGCUGCGCUUCAGCUUCAGCUCACAGACGGAUGGUCUGACAUUCUCCUGUAGAAUUCUCUGAUACAGAGCAGAAUUCAUUGGGAAUUCAUUGGGUGUUGCAUAACUUUGUUUAUGAAAUAAAUGAAAUAAGUAUGUAAUUGUUGUGUUAUUUGUUGGAUCUCCUGAGUGGCGCAGUGGUCUAAGGCACUGCAUCGCAGUGCUAGCUGUGCCACUAGAGAUCCUGGUUCGAAUCCAGGCUCUGCUGUAGCCGGCCGCAACCGGGAGACCAAUGGGGCGGUGCACAAUUGGCCCAGCGUCGUCCAGGGUAGGGGAGGGAAUGUCCGGCAGGGAGGUAGCUCAGUUGGUAGAGCAUGGAGUUUGCAACGCCAGGGUUGUGGGUUCGAUUCCCACGGGGGGCCAGUAUGAAAAAAAAUAAAAAAAAUAGAAAAACUGUAAGUCGCUCUGGAUAAGAUGUUAUGUUCCCUUAAUCUAAUAUUAGGUUUUGGUUGAAGAUCUGAUAACAUUCAGUAUCACAAAUAUGCAAAAGUAGAGAAAAUUAGAAAGGGGGCAAAUACUUUUUCAUAGCACUGUAUAUGCUUUAUAAAUAUUUGAUAAGCAAAUGUCUUUACGUCUGGUGAUAUGCCAAAUGUGGCAUAACCCUUUUGCCAUCCAUUAUAAUGAAAUCUGCUUAUGAAUGGUUUCUAAAGCAUCUAAGGCCUUACACAUGGUCUAUGAAUGGUUCACUAUACUGUCUUUGCUUCAGGUGGAGGGCCAUGCCCUGCAGGUCACUACUGCCCUAGGGGCACCAUCAAUCCUCAACCUUGCCCCAUUGGCACAUUCAGCAACCUGACCAAACUAGUCUCCCAGGUAUGUUAGUUUCCCAAGGCUCAAUACGCUCAAUAUUCCUGACAUUUCAUCCCAAGACCACAGCACAGUGACUGCAGCCUGAGCGGUUGUUGCUAUGCUCUACCUUCUCCCAUAGAACGGCUGCCAGCCCUGCUCCCCGGGUUAUUACUGUGACGCGUCUGGGCUAACAGCGCCUACAGGGGAAUGCUGGGAAGGUUUUUACUGCCGCCGUGGAGCAGUUGUCCCCAACAGCCCUAUCAGAGACAGCCGAGGAGGGCCGUGUCCACGAGGUAACUAACCAAUCCACACCUCCUCCUCUGGGUUCGCAAAUAUAAAGGGCUCCCCAGAAUGUUGUCUCCGUCUCUCUUCUCUUUUCUCUCUCUCUUUCUCUCUCUCCCUAUUAUCUCUGUCUCUCUCUGUCUCUGUGUCUCUUUCUCUACCUCUCGCUCUCUCUCUCUCUGUCUUUCUCUCUCCACUCAUUGUUUUCUGUUUCUCACACGCAGGUUAUUUUUGCUCUAACGGUUCUGCAGCUCCGCAAGAGUGUCCCCAGGGAGCCGUCAGUGUAGAGGAGGGCCGAUCCAGCUGCAGCCCCUGUCCCCAGGGGUACGGUUACACACACACACUGCUCUCUCAGGGCUACCUCUCUCUAAUACUGCUCUAGCAGGGUCACACACUCACUGUGCACACACAUGCCCAUAGGCCCCAUGGGAUUAAAGCUGUGAAGAUAAUAUUAUUGAAUCAUGUUGUUAUAUCUAUGAUGUAAUAUCUACAGCUUCGAGCCUGUUCCUCUUUCUAAGAUCUGCUUUUAUGGAGUACAUCAUGAAAUCUGACAAAUUGUUAUGCCCACAUGUUUUAUUCCCGAAGAGUGUAUGUGUGUGUGUGUGUGUGUGUCGCGUGCGUGUGUGCGAGUUCUCUUUUGGGUGUGUGUGCAUACACUAUUAUGAUCAAUCAGAUCACAGGUUCUUACAUACAGUAUUUAUUUCCUUUUCUCCAGUUAUUACUGUCCUGGCAACAGCUCCCUCUAUGAAACUAAUGAGUGCCCUGUGGGUCAUUACUGCCCAACUGGUACCUCCUCCCAGUACCAGUACCCAUGCCCUGCUGGGACUACCAACCCACACACUAGAAUGGGCAGUCCACAGGACUGCCUGCCAUGCCCCCCAGGUGAUACACAUAUCUAUCUGGUUGUUAUUGUCUAUUUCAUCUUAUUUCUAAUUCUUUUAAUAUAUCAAACAGUAUUAGAUAUAAAAAAGUUACUUUUCAAGAUGCCUGUGCUGCGAUAAUGCACACCAUUAAUUUCACAAACUCACCCAGGGUGACGCCAAGCGUCAAAUUCAUUAGCAAUCAUCUAACAACAUUGUACAAUAACCAUUAUAAUGAAAUACUUUCUUAAAUAGGCCCCUGGCAGUGCAGUGACUUCCAUUUUGAAACCCAGGUUAUUUUUGCUGGACUGUAUAAAUUAAUUUUUUUAUGCCCCCAACUGUACAUCAUCUGAACAGGUAUAGUAACUGAUAGAAUUACACAAGUCUUUUAUUUAAACAUUUCUUAACAUUUAACAUGUUUGAGGUGCAAGUGGAUGUCACAUUCACCCAUUGCCCCGUUUAUAGCUAUUUUAAAAGGAGAUCUAUCUAGUGAUCCUGGUCUAAGAUCAGUUUGCCUAGAUUAUAAUGAAUAAGAUUACAUGGAAAGGGAGGACCUGAUCCAAGAUCCGAUGAAAACAGGCCCUGGUCUGAUUGGUCCGACCUCCUUUUCUCAGGGUUUUUCUGUGGCUUUCCUGGACUGAGUGCCGUAUCGGGCCAGUGCAUCGCUGGCUAUCUUUGCCACUCCGGAGCAGUGUCGCCGACACCUGAAGACGGUGUGACCGGUGACCGGUGUCCCCAAGGUCACUACUGUCCAGAGGGCUUGGCUGCAGCGCCACGUCCCUGUCCUCUAGGAUAUUACAGCAACACUACCAGGAACACACAACUCUCUGACUGCCUGCCCUGCCCUGCAGGUGGGUGCUGAUCAAACACAUUUUAUUUUAAGUACGGACCACUAUUCUUUAUCUUAUGAGGAAACAUUUUCUGAUGGAUAUUUGACUGAUAUACUGCACAUGAAGUUUCUUCAUGGAAGAAAAGUUAUUUGAAUAGCGAUUUAUAUUUGACUGGCAUCAAAUUGACUUUUGUUAGGCUACUUUUUGAUUGUGCAUCAGUGAAGUCUUCUCUCUCAAAUGCAGGGUUCAUUUGUGCCAGCAGAGGGCUCUCCCUCCCUUCUCAUCUCUGCCAGGCUGGCUCCUACUGCCCUUACCGACACAACUCCAGCCUCCCUGGCUCUAUCACCUGCUCAGCUGGGCAUAUGUGCCCACUUGGCAGUGCCAUCCAGGUUCCCUGUGUCCCAGGGACUUACCAGGACCAACCUGGGCAGGUAGGGAGGAGGACAUUCAUAGCAGUAUAUUUCAUCUUGACCACCAUUCUAGUAAAGCUGAACAGUUUGUAGGGCCAGGAGUUUUUCUUGACCAUGUAAUCUGACCAGGAAACACUCAGGGCCCUAGUUGUAGGUUUUAACUGUGCUUAAAAUAAAUCCUGGUCUGGUCAGAAAAAACUCCAGACCCUACAUACACUGCAUACUGAGUGUUAAUGAUAUUCUAUGUCAUCCCUUUCACAGGCAGAAUGUUUUACCUGUUCAGCAGGGUUUUACUGUGAAGGCUCAAUACAUCCUAACACAGGAGAGGUGACGGGAACACACACACCGACCCCUUGUCUAAAGGGACACUACUGCCCACCAGGUAGUGUAUAUAGGGCAUUAUACUAUUUGUCUGUAUUGAAAUAAGUGCCACACAUACCAUAGUGGCUAAGACACAUUGCUGAGAAUGACACUAGACCUAUAUGGCAUCUGUGUGUGAUUUCUUUGUUCUCCAGGCACACAGUCUGGUGUGGAGUACCCAUGCCCAGCUGGCACGUUUAGUGGGCAGACCAGCACGUCUAAUAAGAGGGGGUGUGUACCCUGCCCUCCAGGGAAGUACUGCAGCUCUGCAGGGUUGGCAGUGCCUACUGGGCAAUGCUCUCCUGGGUGGGUGGCAGCAUUAUAAAUCAUUUUUUCAUGUUGAAUCGUAUCUCUGGUUCAGCAUGUAUGGUCCUUGAGAUUUAUGUUGCGUUGUCUCUACUAUUGUGUUCCCAUUUCUUCCUCUAAAUUCACUCUCUCCCUCUAUACCUUUCUCUCUUGUUUCUAUCUCAUUCUUUCUCUCUCUCUCUUUUCUCUCUUCUUUUCUCUCUCUCUUUCCCUCUAUCUCCCUCCCUCCUUCCCUCAUCCAGGUACCUUUGUAUCCAAGGUUCUGUUACUUCUCAGCCAGCUGGAGAUCCUACAGGUGGGAAAUGCACCGCUGGGUCCUACUGCCCACUGGGUACCAGUCACAUGCUUCUCUGCCCGCCUGGCACUUUCAGCUCUUUAGAAGGUGACAUUUAAACUGGGGACAUUUCAACAUGAAGGUCUUUUUUUAUAUAUCCUGUACUGUAUGUAUCACAUUUAUGUAAGCGUGGUUGCUGUAUAUGGCCCUUAUAAAUGAUAGGUUUGUCAUUAUCUUUCAUAUAAAAUGAACACAUUCAUAUUGAUUACAUAUGACUCAAUGGAAGCCCUGAAUUAUAUGAAAAUUAUGACAAUUAAUUAAUGUCAUAUAUACAAUUAUUAUGAAAAUGAGCUCCAUGUGUUCUGGUGUGUUUGCUGUGCAGGGGCAGUAUCUGUGGCUGCGUGCCAGCCCUGUGUGCCUGGGCAGUACUGUGCAGACUUUGGACUUGCCUCCCCAUCUGGUCCCUGCACCGCCGGGUUCUACUGCCCAAUAGGAUCCAGAACCCCCACGCCAAAUCAUAAUGUGACAAGUAAUAAUGCGACAAUUAAUAAUGCGAUAAGUACUUGAAUCAGGUGUGCUAGUUCAUGGCUCCAACAAAAUUGUGAAAUGUCUGGCGGUCCCCAAGAAGAGGUUUGAAAAAGGCAGAUUUAUACAAUAUGAGUAGAGCCAGGAGUUUUUCUUGACUAUGUGUGACCUAACCAGGAAAAACUCUGGUCUAAAGUAAUAGGCUAGAUCUAGCAUCCUGGCUUUUUCUUUGACGGGUCAUGGGGUCAGGUAAAACUCCAGGCCCCACUAAUGAUAAUGACAUAACAUGUUGUCCCGGUUACAGGAAAUGCAACUUCUGUAUAUCCUCCUCGUGAUGGAGAGGUCUUGGGACAGAUCAAUGGAGACAUUUGUCCAGGAGGCCACUACUGUCCGAUUGGGACAGCUCAGCCAAUACCCUGCCCCCCAGGUACACUAUAAUAAAGACAUAAUGGAUUCAGACAAGUUCCAAGGGCAAUGAAAUCUAAUAGGUGUACCAAUAAAGCUGUCUUUAAGGCAGCUCAUUAGAAAAUCACUCGUGAUCGAUGUGGCAAUGUUAUGCUAUUUCUAUUUAGUGUGUGUGUGUGUGUGUGAGUGUGUGUCACUUUAGAUAACACGUGAUGUGGUCCUUUAACAAGAUUAGACAAUGCUACACCAAAAAUAGAUAUUCUUUUUUUGGCAGCAUGAUUUAUGUUAAGUGUCUACGACUGACCCUAGAUUGAAUGAACUGUCCAUUUAGUGCUCCAAGUUGUGUCAGAUACAAGACAGACUCUUGGCAGGCUACAUUAUGUCUCUCGUUGGUAAAAGGAUAGUCUUUCUGUAGAACAAUAAUCAAAUUAGACGCAAUUACUAGAUAUACUAGAACAUUUCCCCCCUCGAAACUCUCGUGGACAGAUUAUGCAAGAUUUUAGUUCAGAGUUAACCGAGAUUACCCUCUCUCCAUUUCUUCUAUUCCAGGCACCUUUCUGGGUAGAUAUGGUGGUCAAUCAGAGGCAGACUGUGAGGCUUGUCCGUCUGGAUUCUACUGCCCUGUGUGGGGGCAGACCACCACAGACCUCCGCUGUCCCCAGGGUUGGUUCUGUCCAGUAGGCUCUGUAUCAGGGCAUCAACCAGGUAAACCGGGUACAGCCAGAAGAGGAUGGCCUGGUUCCUCCCUAGAUUCCUCCCUUCUUUUAGUUUUUACUGGCCACUGUGCUUUUGCUUUGCUUGCUCUUUGGGGUCUGAGCAGGGUAAUUGUAAAGCACUUUGUGUCAUCUGCAAAUGUUAAAAGGGCUUUAUAAAACAAACUUGAUUGUUUGCUCCAUGCUGGUUAUUAUGUGCGGUCUCAUUCCUCUCACAGUACUCAUCAACCAGGGAGAGAAAGAGAAAGCCAGGGAUGGGUGAAUUACUGUAGAUAAAUGGGGAUAAUGUCCACUCAUUGUUUGUAUGGCAUGACAAUUAACAAAUUAAGAGUUGGAUGCAGCACCUACAGUAUAGCUCUGUGCUAGCCAAAAGUGUUCUUUUUUGUCUAUUUCCUCCAUUGGUGAGGUGCUGACUAACGGAAAAUAAUCUAUACAAAUGAAAAAUAAAGUUGCACGCUCAAGAACAGAUGAGUGUGACUUUCUUUUUCAUUUGUCUAGUUUCUGUGUCAAAUUGAAUGUGCAUAAACACUCUCGAUUUCCUUGGAUCCAUUUCCUCAUCAGCAAGGUUCGUAAAUAGCCUGAUGCAACUCCUCCAUGCUGCCACAGUCAUUACACCCACUUCUCCCUGCAGUCCACAGGGUCUCCCAGCAGGGGCAAAAAAAAUCCAAUAGCAUUGCCAUGACACCUAAUUUAAUAUUUAUAACGUUUGAUUCUGUUUCCUGUUUUGUUGCACUGUGUUUAGAAUGUCAGUGCCCGUCUGGUCAUUCGUGCCCGUAUGGAAGUGCCGAGCCUGUCAUCUGUGCCCCUGGCACCUAUCAGUCUUUGACUGGUCAGUCUACAUGCAAGACCUGCCCACCAGGUGCCUACCAUGUAUGCCUGUAUGAUUCAAGGACACUUUUCUAACACACAGUCUUAUUUUCUAUGCUAUUCGGGCCAAAUCCUAACUUGGAGAUCCACCCUUUUUAGCUAGCCCAGCUAGCCCAUUCAGAUAGCCUGGUCUCAGAUCUGGUCAUUGUCACGGUGUUGGCAAGAUGGCACAAACUCAUCUGGACCAGGCUAGGAUUCCACACUACGUGAAAUGUGUCAUCCAUUUAGCAUAGCGGUUAGGUCUUAAUUGGUAAAAAAUACUUAUUGAUAAUAAAGAACAUUCUAUUCUAGUCAGCUUUACUGUUUACUUUUCUGUUCCAGGUUUUUACUGUGUGGAGGGAACCUCUGUCCCAGCACAAUGCCCAGCUGGCAGUGUGAGUCAGGCUGAGGGGAGGGCAUCUCAGAGGGACUGUACUCCAUGCCCUCCUGGGCUCUACUGCAACAGCAGUUCUCUCACCUCUCCCUCAGGUCCCUGCUCUCCAGGUCAACACAGGAUAAUAACAUAUCAAUAAUGUUUUAAUAACGUUUUAAUAUCAUCAUUUCAGACUUCUGAAGCUCUCCAGGUUAGAUACACUGUACAGUUAUAACAUAUGAAGAACAUUUUUAAUAUAUAUUAUUGCCCAUGUGCUUGGGGGACCCCAUUUUUUCCGGCAGAAUUUCUCGUGACCCCACCCCAAAUCUAAUGACACAACCUUAAAGUCUGUAAAUUUACAUUUUUACAUCGACAAAUAACCUUAAAUUCAUUGCACUUGCAUCUCUAAUCAAAAUGAAAAGAAACCAAUAAAUACAAUAAUCUUUCUCAAAAACGUUUAUAUAUUGUCCCAUACAAUAAUCUGUUCUCUUAAUUUUUUAUUUGUUUUAAAAUUUUGGCGACCCCACUGUCGUGACCCUGACUUUGAAUACCACUGCCUUAGGUGAUGGCAGUCUUGGUUUCUGUUUUUAUUGACUAGCUGUUCAUUGUCUUUACUCCUGUAUGUCUGAAAGGCCACUUCUGUUCCCGUGGAGCUACUAUUCCUGCCCCAGUCUCCCAGACCUUUGGGGAUGUCUGCCCUCUAGGACACUACUGCCCAGAGGGUAGUGGGUUGCCCAGGCCCUGUUCUGUGGGUAGCUACCUUCCAGAGAGGGGUGCUUCAUCCCCCUCCCAACUGCUACCCUUGUCCCCCAGGAAGAUACUGCCUCAACCCAGGCUCCUCACAAUCCACAGGUGUGGAAAAACUCUCAACAUUGCCUGUCUCAUAUCAACUAAUGACUAAAUGUAAACUAGUGCUUGGAGUUUUUCCUGGUCAGGUCACCAGGGGUGUAAUCAUUACGCCGAUUCUCUUUCAAAAUGUUUCGUAUGUUGUAAAAUGUUUUCCAACAGAAACCGUUUACUCCAAACGGAAAAAGCAAAUGAGAGUUUCUAUUGGACAAAUGUAGCUAUGUCCUUCCAUGUUUUGUUCUGUUUGCUCUGUCUGCUUCCGUUUGGUUCUUAAACGGUAAACGGUUUCCGUCAAACCAGGGCCCCAACUUUUUCAUGUUCAUAUCAUGUGGUCAUGUGACCAGAAAUAAAAACCUGUGGCUACAUAUCAUACAAUUAGGUUAAUUUGCACAUUUGCAAUAUCAUGUUUUAUGUUCACGUUAAUGCCACACUCCUCUAUAGGUCCUUGCUCCCCUGGUUUCUACUGUAGUGGGGGUGCAGACAGUGCUACACCCCAGGCUAACUCCUCCCAGCUCAGCUGCCUGUGUGGCAUGAUAGAGCUCCAUCCUACUAACCAAGACCUUUGUUCCUGGUUACACAACACUUCCUGCUCACCUAACAGUAAAGAUACAGGUAAGGCAAUGUAUAUUUGACCGGCAGAAAAAAAAUGGUGGCGGACAGUGGUACGCUAACCCAAUGUUAAAGGCCCAAAGCAGACGUUUUUAUGUCAAUAUCAAAUUGUUUCUGGGUAACAAUUAAGUACCUUACUGUAAUACUUUUUAUCAAUAAAAGUCUGUGUGUUUUAGCUAGAGACUUCCAGUGCAAUGUCUGGGAGCGGCGGUUUUAGUGAGAUGAGUGAGGAUCUUCUGAGCAGUUUUCGUCGCAAAAAACAUCUGUAAAGAUCGAAUGGUUUGAGUUUCAAACUAUUUAACCUAACCCUCAUUCCCAAACCUAACCUUAACCAUUAAUUAAUUUUGACCGCUGUGCCUAAAUUAAGUUUUUCUUCUGCUGGUCGACUAUCCACUUCCGACAGGUAAACCAAUGUCAUGGACUCUAUAGUCUCUACUAACAGACUGUCUAAAAGCUGUCCAGCACGCACCCAAAAUGUGGUUCUCGGUUCUUCUGAAAUGAUGGACUGUAGAGCUUGGAGGUGAAUGUAAUUGAGUUACAGUUGGAGGCUAUAGCCUUAACAUAUUUUUAUUGCGUUAUUUCAUUUUUAGAUGUAGAUGGGAGCUGGAUGGAUGUCGUAACUAGGCCAUGGUCAGGUCAGGCCUUGGCCGACUCUACACCUCAUCUCAAGAGCCCACUUUAUAAAUGUGCUAACUUCAAAGGCGAUGUAUGUCCCAAAGGUAUGCAUUGCCUGCUAUGUGAACUCUUGCACUCUAGUGGUUGCUUCUAUUUAUGCCAAUAGCCUUAGAAACUGUGCAGAUAAAUAUAAAAACAGAUAGCUUUUUUAUUUAGUAGAUAGUCAGGCUUGCUGUUUAACCGUGUUGGAUUAAAGUGUGUUUUCUCGUACUGGAUUUAUAUAGUGUUUUUCCAGGUUUUCAAAGUGCUUUACAUUGUAUGGGGGUGAAACUCACCUCAUCCACUACCAAUGUAUAGCAUCAACCACAAUAUGUGUAUGUCUGUCCAAUAGGUUUCUACUGUCCUGUAGGAUCGGCCUACCCUCAGCCCUGUGACACUGGGUCCUACUGUGGUCAGACUGGUCUGGAUGCCCCCAGUGGCCUCUGUACCCCAGGCUACUUCUGCUCCAGGGGUUCCACAGCCCCUCACGCCUCACUCUGCCCCCCUGGACACUACUGCCCCCAGGGCACACCUCUCCCUCUACCCUGCCCCCCUGGAACCUUGAUGGGUAAGAAACAAAAACACAAGCCUGGUCCGAGAUCUGUUUAUGCUGUAUAGCCAACAACAAGCUUAGGAGUUGGAUACAGCACAAACAGAUCUGUGACCAGGCUACAACAACACUGUUGCUUUACUGUUAAUUAAUCCCUGGUUAAAAUAUUGACUAUGAUGAUCAUUGCAGGAUAUUUAUAGAUCUUUGAAUAUCCUGCAAGGAUCCUAUAGGUCAAGAUACUGUGAAAGAUUAGAGGAUAGGCCACGGUUUUAGAAAUAAGUUGCAAACGCAAUCAGGAAGUACUGUACUAAUCCUCAUCAGUGUUCAGUGACAUCACUCUGUUGUUGUUGUCGAUGCUGAUGUCCUCACAUACCCUGCUAUCGAGCAUUUCUUAUUGUGAAAAUUCUAGAACCUCCCCAUUUCGGACCAUUUUCCUCCCUUUCGUGCCUACUGAACGUGACCCUGAUGCCCUUAUGUACGCCACUGGCUCUCACCCUGCUAGCUGUUUACUGGUGCUGUGGAAUAUGAAAACAUAGUUAAUUUAAAAACAUUCUCACCCUGGCUACUAUGACAGAGAGGUUGGUCACAAUUUAAUCUGUGUUUUGGAAUGGGGCAAUUCAAAUCCUAUUAUAAUCAAUGUUCUAUAACGCUCAGAAAAUGUUACGUCAGUCUGAUGUGAUUUUCUGAUGCUGACUGACUGAUCGGUGCCACUGCGUGUUGUUAGGUCGGUCAGGCGGGUCCACAGUGGACGACUGCCAGCCUUGCCCCCCUGGUCAUUACUGCAAUCAGACCGGCUUGGCCGAGCCUAGCGGUCAGUGUGCUGCUGGCUACUACUGUCCAGGGGGACAGAGCACUGAUAGACCGUCGCAACAUGUGUGUGGAGUUGGUCAUUUCUGCGAGGAGGUUAGUGCAAAUGUCCUCAGGGCUUGUGUAGUAUACAGUAUGUCUAAUUUACUAUAUCCAUACUGUACUAGCAUACCACUUAGAAUGCAUGUCCAGUACAUUGCUUCUUGGAAAAUCUCAUUCCACAGAUAACAGUGGCAACUUAUAUCAUACUAAUAUUAGACUAUGUAAUAUGUCAUAUUACAAAUUAAAUGUGUGUGUUGCUGGUCUUUCAGGGUAGUGUGAGAGAGAGAGCCUGUGUCCCAGGCAGCUACCAGCCUAGUGAGGGUCAGCACCAAUGUGAGGUGUGUCCUUCUGGCUUCUACUGUCUUGAAGAAGGUAAGAAGGUGCAUCCUAUUCAAAAGAAGAUAUACAGUACCAGUCAAAAGUUUGGACACACCUACUCAUUCAAGGGUUUUUCUUUAUUUGUACUAUUUUUUACAUUGUAGAAUAAUAGUGAAGACAUCAAAACUAUGAAAUAACACAUAUGGAAUAAUGUAGUGACCAAAAAAGUGUUAAACAAAUCAAAAUAUAUUUUGAUGGGAUGGCGUAUCGCUGCAGAAUGCUGUGGUAGCCAUGCUGGUUAAGAGUGCCUUGAAUUUUUAAUAAAUCACAGACAGUGUCACCAGUAAAGCACCCCCACACCAUAACACCUCCUCCUCCAUAAACUCCCCAGACCUUAAUCCCAUUGAGAACUUGUGAGGGAGGCGGGUGGACAAACAAAAAUCACAAAUUCUGACAAACUCCAAGCAUUGAUUAUGCAAGAAUGGGCUGCCAUCAGUCAGGAUGUGGCCCAGAAGUUAAUUGACAGCAUGCCAGGGCGGAUUGCAGAGGUCUUGAAAAAGAUGGGUCAACACUGCAAAUAUUGACUCUUUGCAUAAACUUAAUGUAAUUGUCAAUAAAAGCCUUUGACACUUAUGGAAUGCUUGUAAUUAUACUUCGGUAUACCAUAGUAACAUCUGACAAAAAUAUCUCAUAAAACUGAAGCAGCGAUCUUUGUGAAGACCAAUACUUGUGUCAUUCUCAAAACUUUUGACCACGACUGUAUAUUGAAAAUAUCUUAAUUCAAAGGAUAUUGUCUUUAUUUCUCUUUUUGUUUAAAAAUACUUUAAAGUUUAAAAUAGUAAAUACUUUCCUUCAGAUUGGGAUAGACUACAAAAUAAAGUCUGAGAAAAGCAUUUAAACUGUAAUGAAUCAACGAACAUUAAAACUCUAACUGUUUAACUGACAGGUGUGAUGACCAAUGCAAUGGGGCUGCGUUUUUACCAUUAUCAUGAAGGCAGUGACAGAAUAAUGGAUAGAGUUUCUUAGUGAAGGUCUGACCAGUGAAGGAUUAGAUAUGAGACCUGUUGUCCACAUCAUAGGAGACCUGACCCAUGACAUAAUCCACAAACACCCCCACCUUCUUGGGAUUCUGACUGAGAGAGAGGAGGACCCGAGAGCCUUAUAAUCAUCUCCAUUCCUCAGCCACAAUGUCCAGUAUCCAUUGUCAGGGCUCAGUGAGAUUUCCCCUUUCCUGUUGAUGGACUCUCUGGCCACUCCUAGAUCCCAUUCGGUAUUACCCUCCACCUGCACCUCAUAGUAGAAUCUAGGAGAAGCCCUCCUUUCCUAGGACAUUGACAACCUCGUCAAACUGCACUGGGUUGUCAGGGAGAUUCUUUCCUGUCUCUAAGUCUCACCUGUUUCCCAUCUUUAGACAGAAUGAGGUAGGGGUGUGCUGUAUCAGGGUCUAGUGUCACAUCCGCUGAAUCUUCUUAAACUCAUGUUGAGUUCCACUGAGUGUUGGACUUCCAUAACCUUCUUCAGGUGCUCCUUAUCCACUACCUACGACACCAUGAACCACCAGAUCCUCUUCUCCAUCCUCUCAGGGCUGGGCAUCUACAGGCUCUGCACAUUUUUGGAUUGCAUCCUACCUGGCAUGUCGUUCCUACCAGAUGACGUGGGGAGGAUCUGUGUCUGCACCACGUGUUCUCACUACUGGUGUCCCCCAGGGCUCGGUUCUAGGCUCUCUCCUCUUCUCUCUGUACACCCAGUCACUUAGCUCCGUCAUAUCCUCACAUGGACUCUCCUGUCAUUACUAUGCGGAUGACACUCAGCUCCUUUUUUCCUUCCCUCCUUCUGACACCCAGGUGGCGACACAUAUCUCUGCAUGCCUGGCAGACAUCUCAGCUUGGAUGUCAGUUCACCACCUCAAGCUCAACCUUGACAAGACAGAGGUGCUCUUCCUUCUGGGGAAGGCCUGCCCGCUCCAAGACCUCUCCAUCACAGUUGGCAACUCUAUUGUGUCCCAAUCUCAGAGUGCAAAGAACCUUGACGUGAUCCUGGACAACACCCUGUUGUUCUCUGCAAACAUAGAAGCAAUGCCUUGCUUCUGCAGGUUCAUGCUCUACAGCAGGGGUGUCAAACUCUUUUUCCCCUGCGGGCCAAAUUCGGUCUUCACCGAGGUCCGGAGGUCCAAACUUAAAAUGUAUUAUAUUUCCUUGCUGUCAACAUUUGCUACAAAUAGUCCUCUAUCCAUCACAUUUAGAAUUUUCGAUUGGUCUCUGACUGUCUAGCUUUCGUUUCAAUGACUUUUAGCAAGCUGGACAGAGUGAAGAGACUAUAAAUAUAGGUCCAUUAUCAUUUCUACACAGUUUCGAUUCGGUUUUAGUCAUGUCAAUAUCGAUUGAGAUAAACUUUCACCUGAUUUGACCCCCCCAAAUAAAAAAAUGAAUUAUUCCUUGCACUUGUCAUCUCCCAUUUGGACUACUGCAACUCUCUGCUGGCUGGGCUCCCGCUUGUGCCGUCAAACCCAUUAAACUCUUCCAGAAUGCCUUAGCCCGCCAGGUGUUCCACUUUCCCAAGUUCUCCCACAUCAGCCCGCAUCUCAUUUUAAGACCAUGUCAGGACAGCUGGGUCCCUGCCCAUUUUACUGAAACAUCUGAAAACCAAUUUUCUUUCAGAAAAAAGAUGACAGUAAAGACAAAAACCUUGCCUUUCUUGCACUUGUCUGUUCUCACUAGCACUGACUUUGCUGAUAGUUGCUUUAUUGAGGAAAACAUUGACUUAAUAUGACUGUGAUAUGUGGUUGUCUCUAGCUACCUUAAGGUGAAUGCACUAACUACCGAAAUGUAAAAUAAGUAAUGAAUCAUUUUUUAUUUUGGUAAUAUAGACUGAGUGUACAAAACUUUCCAUGACAUGGACUGAUCAGGUGAAUCCAGGUGAAAGCUAUGAUCCCUUAUUGAUGUCACUUGUUAAAUCAACUUCAUUCAGUGUAGAUGAAGGAGAGGAGACAGGUUAAAGAAGGAUUUUUAAGCCUUGAGACAAUUGAGACAUGGAUUGAGUAUGUGUGCCAUUCAGAGGGUGAAUGGGCAAGACAAAAGAUUUAAGUGCCUUUGGACGUGGUAUGUAGUAGGUGCCAGGUGCACCAGUUUGAACUGCAUCGCUGCUGGGUUUCCGCUUAACAGUUUCCAUGUGUAUCAAGAAUGGUCCACCACCCAAAGGACAUCCAGCCAACUUGACACAACUGUGUGAAGCAUUGGAGUCAACAUGGGCCAGUAUCCCUGACGCUUUCGACACCUUGUAGAGUCCAUGUUUUGUAAACUUAGUGUAUACAUGUAAACAGGAAUAACAGUGACCAGUAGCAGGAUAAAUAGAUAGAUACUAAUAGUAAUGGCAAUCAAUAAUCAAUGGACAGCAGAGUAAUGGAGUAAUACAUCUAAUCAUUCAUAAUUUUAGCAGAAGCGUAGGUUGUGUCUGAGUGGGUAGAGACCUGUGGAUGGGCAUAGAGUCAGUGUGGAUAGUCUGUGGGAGAGGGAGAGCACUAGUUGCUAGCCAUUUAACAGUCUUAUGGCCAGGGGAUAGAAAUGUAGAGGUAGAAGCAAUGCAGAGGUAGAAGCACAGUGGCUAGGAAGAAGGCAGGAACCUAGGAAGAAACCUAGAGAGCGACCAGGCUCUGAGGGGUGGCCAGUCCUCUUCUGGCUGUACCGGGUUGAAAUGUAAGAGUACAUGUGGCCAUUAAGGCCAGAACGUUUUCAAGAUGUUCAAACAUUCAUACAGUGCUAUGAAAAAGUAUUUGCCCCCUUUCUAAUUUUCUCUACUUUUGCAUAUUUGUGAUACUGAAUGUUAUCAGAUCUUCAACCAAAACCUAAUAUUAGAUAAAGGGAACAUAUGUGAACAAAUAACACAACAAUUACAUAUUUAUUUCAUAAACAAAGUUAUGCAACAAUAAAUUCCCCUGUGUGAAAAAGUAAUUGCCCCCUUACACUCAAUAACUGGUUGUGCCACCUUUAGCUGCAAUGACUCCAACCAAAUGCUUCCUGUAGUUGUUGAUCAGUCUCUCACGUCGCUGUGGGGGAAUUUUGGCCCACUCUUCCAUGCAGAACUGCUUUAACUCCAGGUCCUGAGGCAGCAAAGCAUCUCGUCCAAAAAGUUGACUCAAGUUUGCCAAAAAGCACCUGGAUGAUCAUCAAGACUCUUGUAAGAACGUUUUAUGGACAGAUGAUUCAAAAGUAUAACUUUUUGGACUACAUGGUUCCAGUAAUGCCUGGCGAAAACCAAACUCUUCAUUCCACAGUAAGAACAUCAUACCAAAGGUCAAGCAUGGUGGUGGUGGUGUGAUGGUUUGGGGAUGCUUUGCUGCCUCAGGACCUGGAUGACUUGCCUUAAUAGAAGGAACCAUGAAUUAUGCUCUGUAUCAGAGAAUUCUACAGGAGAAUGUCAGACCAUCCGUCUGUGAGCUGAAGCUGAAGUGCAGCUGGGUCAUGCAGCAAGACAAUGAUCCAAAACACACAAUCAAGUCUACAUGAGAAUUGCUAAAAAGCAACAAAUUGGAAGUUUUGGAAUGGCCUAGUCAAAGUCCAGACUUAAUCCCAAUUGAGAUGUUGUGGCAGGACUUGAAACGAGCAGUUCAUGCUUGAAAACCCACACGUCACUGAGUUAAAGCAGUUCUGCAUGGAAGAGUGGGACAAAAUUCCUCCACAGCGACGUGAGAGACUGAUCAACAACUACAGGAAGCAUUUGGUUGAAGUCAUUGCAGCUAAAGGUGGCACAACCAGUUAUUGAGUGUAAGGGGGAAAUUACUUUUUCACACAGGGGAAUUGGGUGUUGCAUAACUUUGUUUAUGAUAUAAAUGAAAUAAAUAUGUAAUUGUUAUGUUAUUUGUUCACUUACAGUAGGGAGAACAAGUAUUUGAUACACUGCCGAUUUUGCAGGUUUUCCUACUUACAAAGCAUGUAGAGGUCUGUAAUUUUUAUCAUAGGUACACUUCAACUGUGAGGGACAGAAUCUAAAACAAAAAUCCAGAAAAUCACAUUGUAUGAUUUUUAAGUAAUUCAUUUGCAUUUUAUUGCAUGACAUAAGUAUUUGAUACAUCAGAAAAGCAGAACUUAAUAUUUCGUACAGAAACCUUUGUUUGCAAUUACAGAGAUCAUACGUUUCCUGUAGGUCUUGACCAGGUUUGCACACACUGCAGCAGGGAUUUUGUCCCACUCUUCCAUACAGACCUUCUCCAGAUCCUUCAGGUUUCGGGGCUGUCGCUGGGCAAUACGGACUUUCAGCUCCCUCCAAAGAUUUUCUAUUGGGUUCAGGUCUGGAGACUGGCUAGGCCACUCCAGGACCUUGAGAUGCUUCUUACGGAGCCACUCCUUAGUUGCCCUGGCUGUGUGUUUCAGGUCGUUGUCAUGCUGGAAGACCCAGCCACGACCCAUCUUCAAUGCUCUUACUGAGGGAAGGAGGUUGUUGGCCAAGAUCUCGCGAUACAUGGCCCCAUCCAUCCUCCCCUCAAUACGGUGCAGUCGUCCUGUCCCCUUUGCAGAAAAGCAUCCCCAAAGAAUGAUGUUUCCACCUCCAUGCUUCACGGUUGGGAUGGUGUUCUUGGGGUUGUACUCAUCCUUCUUCUUCCUCCAAACACAGCGAGUGGAGUUCAGACCAAAAAGCUCUAUUUUUGUCUCAUCAGACCACAUGACCUUCUCCCAUUCCUCCUCUGGAUCAUCCAGAUGGUCAUUGGAAAACUUCAGACGGGCCUGGACAUGCGCUGGCUUGAGCAGGGGGACCUUGCGUGCGCUGCAGGAUUUUAAUCCAUGACGGCGUAGUGUGUUACUAAUGGUUUUCUUUGAGACUGUGGUCCCAGCUCUCUUCAGGUCAUUGACCAGGUCCUGCCGUGUAGUUCUGGGCUGAUCCCUCACUUUCCUCAUGAUCAUUGAUGCCCCACGAGGUGAGAUCUUGCAUGGAGCCCCAGACCGAGGGUGAUUGACCAUCAUCUUGAACUUCUUCCAUUUUCUAAUAAUUGCGCCAACAGUUGUUGCCUUCUCACCAAGCUGCUUGCUUAAUGUCCUGUAGCCCAUCCCAGCCUUGUGCAGGUCUACAAUUUUAUCCCUGAUGUCCUUACACAGCUCUCUGGUCUUGGCCAUUGUGGAGAGGUUGGAGUCUGUUUGAUUGAGUGUGUGGACAGGUGUCUUUUAUACAGGUAACGAGUUAAAACAGGUGCAGUUAAUACAGGUAAUGAGUGGAGAACAGGAGGGCUUCUUAAAGAAAAACUAACAGGUCUGUAAGAGCCAGAAUUCUUACUGGUUGGUAGGUGAUCAAAUACUUAUGUCAUGCAAUAAAAUGCAAAUGAAUUACUUAAAAAUCAUACAAUGUGAUUUUCUGGAUUUUUGUUUUAGAUUCCGUCUGUGUACCUAUGAUAAAUAUUACAGACCUCUACAUGCUUUGUAAGUAGGAGAACCUGCAACAUCGGCAGUGUAUCAAAUACUUGUUCUCCCCACUGUAUGUUCCCUUUAUCUAAUAUUAGGUUUUGGUUGAAGAUCUGAUAACAUUCAGUAUCACAAAUAUGCAAAAGUAGAGAAAAUUAGAAAGGGGGCAAAUACUUUUUCAUAGCACUGUAGAUGACCAACAGGAUCAGAUGAUAACCAUGAUGACUAUAGAGGGCGCAACACUAUCACGCUUCAAAAUUCAACGUCAGUUGGCUAUUCACAGUCAGGUAUUCAAAGUUUCAAAGUAGAGUUUCAAAGUAAAUCGAAAACUAGACCUGACCAUCUACUUUCUAAGAAGAACAUGUACUCUGUACCUGGCGAAUAAACUUUGAAUAAAUGUUGAACUUGCUCUUUGGGGUGUUAGGAUGGGUAUCUAUAAAGCCCUUUGUGAAAACUGCUGAUGUAAAAAAAGGGCUUUAUAAAAUAAUUUGUAUUAAUUUAUUGAUUUCAUCCACCCUGAAUCCAGGAAGGACACUUAUGGUUCCAUGCGGAAGAGGAUUCUAUUGUCCCCGUGGAACAGCCAAUCAGCAUCCUUGUCCAUCCGGGACCUAUGGAAGCUUAUCAGGAAUGGCUGACGAAUCGGAAUGCUCUUUGUGUGAUCCGGGGAUGUACUGUAAAGGAAUAGGUAUAUAUUAGCCUCAUCCCAUACUGUGUCCCUAGUCUGCAUCCCAAAUGGCACCCUAUUCCCUAUGUAGUGCACUACAUUUGACCAGGGCCCAUAGGGAAUAGGGUUCCAUUAGUGCAGGGUAUAGCAGGCUAUCAUUUGGUACACAAACUGUAUGUGCUCUAGCCAACUCUUCUGUCGUCCAUUGUCAUGCCAUACAAUAUCAUAGGAGUUAGGCUACAGCACAUGCAGGGAACGAUGCUAGAUACAGUAUAUGACACUAACAGUUUAUUUGAGUUCACAAUCAUAUUUUACUUAAAACCACAUCGUUUUUCUGAAUAUCUGUCUUUGAAGGGAGAAUUUCCCCCAGUGGUCCGUGCAGUGCAGGGUUUGUGUGUUUUGGGGCCGCCUCUCAACCAUCCCCCUCAGACAACAUCACAGGAGCUCCAUGUCCUCCUGGAUUCUACUGUCCUGUUGGGAGCUCCGUACCAUUGCCCUGCCCUAAAGGCACAUUCAGGUACCCACUGUGUGUGAUAUCUACACAAAAUAAAGGCAGCUAUUAAAAUAUUGUCAGAUUAUAUUUCAUAUUUACAUUUUGUGUUAAAUUUUAAUAGAUUUCAGAUUUUAUUAUUAUUUCCAAUAUUAUUGUCACUAAAACAUGUAUUUAUAAUAUACAUAUAGUGUAAAACAGUUCUAAGUAUUCCGUAACAAUGUGUACCCACCUGCCAAUGUAGUUAGUGCCAUGAUGGUAAAACUUUCCAGAUCUGUCGCCUUGUUAGUUAAUGUUCAGGGGGUAUUUUUUCUUGCAGUGAGCAAAGUGGACUAACGGAGCCCUCCCAGUGUCGUAGAUGUAUUCCAGGGUUCUAUUGUGCAGAGCCAGGCCUUAAAGCAGUCACUGGAGCCUGUCUGCCAGGUGAGAGAUUAACACUUAUUUAGCAUUAAGUAUUGGUUGUAGCGAAUUCGGGGGGAAGCCCCGCCUGGGACUCAAACCCGGGUCUAGCCAACACCUUAACCGUUAAGCCAAGAGGUCCGAACCUGUUGACAAGGUCGCUAGGUGUUGGGUUAAGCUCGCUACAUUACCCCCUUCCUUCGGGAGAGCAUGUUCCCAUGCUUCUCUAUGCCAAGUCCCUCACGGGUACACGCCUCUCUGAUGGCCUCAUGGGAACCAUCCCACUUCUGACACCAAACGUAGCGACUUUGUAAGGUUGCACCGGCCGGGACUCGAACCUGGGUCCAGUAACUGUCAAGUCAACAACUUAACCAUCACACCAAGACGUCCAAACCCAUUGUCGAGAUCACUAGGUGUUGGGUUAAGGUCGCUACACUAUUAUUUUUCAAUUUUCAAUCCAUUAUUCCACUUGAAGGACUUCAUUGUGUUGCUUGAUAUUGCAACCGUGAUAUGGCAUGUUCAGUAUGAGAGGUACCUACAUAAGGUCGGACCUCAUAACACGUUCAACUGCUUAUGUAGUGCUUAUGAAUGCAGUAUGUAUGUAUGAAUGCAUUAUGCAUGAGUUAUGACGUUUUCAUGUAGGUACCGUUCAAUUGAAGUGUUACCAUAUAUUUGUAGGUUUCUACUGUUUGGAAGGGUCCCAGAGUGCUGCCCCCAUGUCAGGUGUAUUUGGAGGUGUUUGCAACCCAGGCCACUACUGUGAGAGUGGUAGCAGUGUGCCUGCAUCCUGCCCUGCUGGCACCCACCACAAUGACACUGGAGGGAAGAAGAGAGAUGACUGCAAGCCAUGUCCUGAUGGUAACUUAAUGAUCUUCAGAGAAAUGUGAGCUGAUGAAAUGUUUAAAAUUGUACGGAUGCCCAAUCACUCUACUACUACUACUAGUUUGUAGUGUCUGUUUAAGAAAUCUGUGUCUCCUGGCUCAUAGACUACUUUCAGGAUAAGGAACCAUCUAACAUUCAGUUGUAAAAUACUGAACUUAUCCGUUUCGAUCAGCAAAUUAUGACAUUCGGAUGUAAGUUACAUAGUAUAGAAAGAUUUCUCUGUGAAAUGUCCAUACAUUGUAUCUCAUCUGUUCACAAAAACCAAACGGCAUACAGUAUGUGACGUUGUUUGUGACAUUGUAGGUUGGUUCCAGGACUUGGAGGGCCAGAGGGAGUGUAAGCCCUGUCCCCCUGGCUUUCACUGCCUGACCACCAACACCACUGGCAGCACCAGUGGCCCCACCACCCCUCUGCUCUGCCCAGCUGGCUAUGUCUGCCCCAGAGAAAGCUCAUUCAGCCAACCCUACCCCUGCCCCAAAGGCACCUACAACCCUACUAUGGGUCUCACAUCCCCUGGUGAGAAAUAACAUACUAUAGUUAGGGACAGGAGUUUUUCCGGACCUAACGAGGUAGAUGGUAUAUGUUUUUCAUCACAGUCAACAACUGACCAGGAAAGACUCUUAGCCCUAGCUUUAGUCUAUAACAAGUGCCCAACGGGCCCAGAGGUUUUCCUGGUCAGGUAAUGCAGCAGCCAGGACAAGACUACUGGCCGUACAUGUACUAUCUACCUUAUUUGAAAUGGUAAUCAGCCAUAACCCUUGGAAUGACUGCUUUUUUUCUUCUUUCUUUUUUACAAAUAAAACAAUUAUGAUAAAAUUGCAUUUUGUUGUGUCAGAGCCAAUGCACACGUUUGUCUCACUGCGGUUGCAGGGGAGUGCUUGGUUUGUCCGGCGGGCCAGUUCUGUGGAUCAGAGGGUCUGGUUGAGCCCACUGGACCCUGUGCUCCUGGGUUCCUCUGUGUUACCAGGGCCACAGUGCCAAAUCCCGCUGACAACAGGACAGGGUCACCCUGCCCCCCUGGGGCAUACUGCCAGCUAGGACUCAGAGCAGGUACAGUACAGAGGAACUCGCUUAUUGUCUCUACACUCUGAGGGCCCGAUUCAGACUUGAGUGAAGUAGACUUAACAUGGACUUAAGUCAAUUAAACAUGGACUUAAGUCAACAAAAAGUCCAUGGUAAGUCAACUUAUCUCAAGUGUGAGUAGGACCCAUAGGGCAUUUGCCUUAAGAUGUUUGUUGUUGUUGUUACGAUAAGUACAAAUGGUUACUUGCUAUGUGUACAUUUGUUAUAUGUAUGGUACCAGUCAAAAGUUUGGACACACCUACUCAUUCAAGUUUUUAUUAUUAUUAUUUUUUACUAUUUUCUACAUUGUAGAAUAAUAGUGAAGACAUCAAAGCUAUGAAAUAACACAUAUGGAAUCAUGUAGUAACCAAAAAAGUGUUAAACAAAUCAAAAUAUAUUUUAGAUUUUAAAUUCUUCAAAGUAGCCACCCUUUGCCUUGAUGACAGCUUUGCACACUCUUGGUAUUCCCUCAACCAGCUUCACCUGGAAUGCUUUUCCAACAGUCUUGAAGGAGUUCCCACAUAUGCUGAGUGCUUGUUGGCUGCUUUUCCUUCACUCUGCCGUCCAACUCAUCCCAAACCAUCUCAAUUGGGUUGAGGUUGGGUGAUUGUGGAGGCCAGGUCAUCUGAUGCAGCACCCAUCACUCUCCUUCUUGGUCAAAUAUCCUUUACACAGCCUGAAGGUGUGUUGGGUCAUUGUCCUGUUGAAAAACAAAUGAUAGUCCCAGUAAGCCCAAACCAGAUGGGAUGGCGUAUCGCUGCAGAAUGCUGUGGUAGCCAUGCUGGUUAAGUGUGCCUUGAAUUCUAAAUAAAUCACAGACAGUGUCACCAGCAAAGCACCCCCACACCAUAACGCCUCCUCCUCCAUGCUUCACGGUGGGAACCACACAUGUGGAGAUCAUCCGUUCACCUACUCUGCGUCUCACAAAGACACGGCGGUUGGAACCAAAAAUCUCACAUUUGGACUCAUCAGACCAUAGGACAGAUUUCCACCAGUCUAAUGUCCAUUGCUCAUGUUUCUUGGCCCAAGCAAGUCUCUUCUUCUUAUUGGUGCCCUUUAGUAGUGGUUUCUUUGCAGCAAUUCGACCAUGAAGGCCUGAUUCAUGCAGUCUCCUCUGAACAGUUGAUGUUGAGAUGUGUCUGUUACUUGAACUCUGUGAAGCAUUUAUUUGGGCUGCAAUUUCUGAGGCUGGUAACUCUAAUGAACUUAUCCUCUGCAGCAGAGGUAACUCUGGGUAAUAAAUGAUUCCAUGUGUGUUAUUUCAUAGUUUUGAUGUCUUCACUAUUAUUCUACAAUGUAGAAAAUAGUAAAAAUAAAGAAAAACCCUUGAAUGAGUAGGUGUGUCCAAACUUUUGACUGGUACUGUAUAUAUAAAUUAGUUGGCGAGCAGAGGUGGUUCCAAUUUUUCCACGAUUGAAAAUUAUGUCCAUUUGUUUGAAUAAAUACCAAUGAAACAAACAAGUAACUCAUAGGUUGGGCUCCCGAGUGGCGCAGCGGUCUAAGGCACUGCAUCUCAGUGCACUAUAGACCCCUGGUUCGAUUCCAGGCUGUAUCACAACCAGCCGUGAUUGGGAGUCACAUAGGGCGGCGCACAAUUGGCCCAGCGUCGUCCGGGUUUGGCCGGUGUAGGCCGACAUUGUAAAUAAGAAUUUGUUCUUAAUUGACUUGCCUAGUUAAAUAAAGGAAAAAUAAAUAAAUAGGUUAUCAUUGUGUAAUUAUCAUUUUACCAAGUAAAAAACUAGUCAUGUCUGUACCGCUUAAAUAAUGUUCAACCUCAUGUUAAUGGUGGGAAACCCUUGUAGGUGCUUGCUCCCCUGGGUUCUUCUGUGACUGGGGCUCCAGUAGUCCUGAGGAGGCCCUGUGUCCAGCAGGCUGCUUCUGUCCAGGAGGAACUAGGACCCCCCUGGCCUGUCCUGCAGGGACACACAGCUCAGUGACAGGCAACAGUCACCAGAACAACUGUACAACAUGUCCUGAUGGCUACUACUGUCAGGGUGGGUGAGAUGGUUGGAUUUCUACUUCAAACAUGAUUAUCAGUGUCAUUUUAAAACCUUAAGAUCAGUAAUUAGUUUAACAUUUAAUUAUAUCUGAUGAUUUAUUUCAUGUCAGUUAAAUUAUUAACUGUGGUAUUUCCACCAGGUUUGGGGCCAUGUAAUUCCAGUUUAAAUACUAUAUUUUGCAUUGGACAUAGAAUUUUGGUUGAAAUUGACCCCAACUCUUCCACUCUGUGGUGGAAUUCCCAAACACUUCCACUCCAUACAUUAGCAAGAUUCUGUGUAAUGUUUCUCAUGUCAUGUGUGGAGCAGGAGAAGGGGUGGUGCAUCCAGUGCUCUGUCCUCUUGGUCACUACUGUCCUCCUGGGUUGGCCGUGGGUGUGAGGUUCCCUUGUCCCCCUGGCACAGUGCAGAGCAAGCCUGGAGCCUCCAGCCUGGACCACUGUCUGCCAUGCCCUGCAGGUCAGGCUUACACAGAUAUACAGUAUGCAUUAUCACCGAUUAGGGUUUCAACAUUCCGGUAAAACAUAUUUUUCGCAUUUCAAAUGACAUAAUCUUAUACCCUAUCUAAUGCACUUCUUUUGACCAGAGCCAACGUAGUGCACUAUAUGGGGGAAUAGGGUGUCAUUUGAAAUGUACUGUCGUAUGUCCACAGGGAUGUUCUGUGCCCUCCCUGGGCUCUCCCAUACAACGGGGCCUUGCCAGGCAGGAUACCACUGUCCUCCUGGUGCCAUCACACCCAAUGCUACUGAAUACGAGGUACCUUUGUAGUAAUAUUGAAUGAGGAUGCACAAACAGCGGUCGUUAUCUUUUGAUAUGUUUACUCUUUCUGUGCAUGUCAUACACAAGUACCCUACAAAGGGACAUUUUACCACACCUUUACCAUAAAACAUCACAACUCCCCACAAUGUGAUGGAGUUGAUCAAAAUCAAACAGUACACAAGGAAUUCAUGUUUCUUCAUUGGGUUGUUUUCCAGCGGAAUUCCACCAGUAAUAAUCUGUGCCCCCGUGGCCACUACUGUCCAGCUGGCACUGGCUACCCUCUUCCGUGCCCACCGGGCUCUCUCUCCAGCUUCCCUGGGACUGAGGGGCGUAGAGGAGUGCCAGCCUUGCCCCCCUGGGCACUUCUGUGACAGGCCUGCGCUGGCGCUGACCUCGGACGCCGUCCCGUGUAGCGCUGGGUAAUAUAAACACAUGCUGCUCAUCUCCUAAUGAGGAGCCCUCGGCUAAUGCCUGACCAAAAUGCAUCUAAAACUGAUACAAUUUAUGUAGUUCAUCUGGCAGUAUCUCUCUAUCUCAACUGACCUGGAAACAGCGGAAAGGAAACGACUUAGAAAAUGCUCACUGACUUUCUGUUCCUCUUGUGCUCAUUGCUGUUAGAGAAAUGAACAAAACAGACUCAAAUCAGCCAAUCAAGAGAUACAGAUUGAGAUAAGCAUUUCCUGUCUAUCUAUUGUAUAUAUCUACACUGUACAGUUUGUGGUUGACUCUUUCUCUCCUUAUCUAGGUAUGUGUGUCUAGGUGGUAGCUCCAGUGCCCACCCCUCUGAUGGUCUCCAUGGUUACCUGUGCCCCACAGGGCAUCGCUGUCCUGUUGGCACAGCUUCAGAGGUACCCUGUGAGCCUGGCACCUACAGUCCUGCCCCUGGCGCUGCACACUGCCUCACCUGCCCUAAUGGCACCAUGUGUCCCUCCUCUGCCACCCAAGAGCCCUCUCUCUGCCCUGCUGGUGAUUAUAAAAAUUAUAUCAUAAUAUUAUAUAAUGUAAUAUAACUAAUACUUCUCAAAUUAAAUGUAGAAAUUGCGUCUUAAUGGGAAUUAAUGAAUUUCAAUACAUUUCAAUAUAAUUCAUAUUAUAUGCAACACAUUUUAUUGCCAGUUACUUUAUAGAUUCACUAGUAUACUGUAAGUGAAUGCACUUAUUCACAGCAGGCAUUUUCCGAUUCUCUCCUUUUCCCACCCAGGUCAUUUCUGUCCUGCCGGGUGUGUGUUACCUCUGCCCUGUCCUGUUGGGACCCUCAGUGAACAGACAGGAGCCCCCUCCCCCUCUGCAUGCAGGCCCUGCCCCUCUGGGCUCUACUGCAGCGUGCCUGGCACCUCACUACCACAAGGUCUAGUCAGAGAAUACAAUAGCAAAGAAUAGAUCUGUAGUAACAGUACUACACUCUUAGAAAAAAAGGUACUAUCUAGAACCUAAAAGGGUUCUUUGGCUUUCUCCAUUAGAGAACCCUAUUUUGGUUCCAGAUAGAAUCAUUUUUGGUUCCAGGUAGAACCCUUUUCGGUUCCAUGUAGAACCCUUUCCACAGAGUGUUCUACAUGGAACCCAAAAGGGUUCUGCCUGUAACCAAAAAGAAUUAUAUCUGGAACCAAAAAGGGUUCUCCUAUGGGGACAGCUGAAGAACCCUUUUGGAAUCCUUUUUUGUUAGUGUGUAUAUACUGCGCAGGGUUCAAUUCCUGACUCUACUGUCUGUUGUGGAUGAAACAUCUGACCGAUUGCUUGGCUGAUAGUUAUUGUCACCCACAAUGAAAUUGGGGGGGGGGGGUACUAUGGAUCUGUCUCCACCGCCCGUUCGUACGAACGUACGUUAAUACGUACAGUGCAUUCGGAAAGUAUUCAGACCCCUUCCCUUUUUCCACAUUUUGUUACAUUACAGCCUUAUUCUAAAAUUGAUUAAAUCGUUUUUUUCACUCAUCAAUCUAUACACAAUUACCCCAUAAUGACAAAGCACAAACAUACCUUAUUUUUUGUUUGUUUUUGCUUUGUCAUUAUGGGGUAUUAUGUGUAGAUUGAUGAGGCAAAAAAACAAUUUAAUACAUUUUAGAAUAAGGCCGUAACAUAACAAAAUGUGGAAUAAGUCUAGGGGUCUGAAUAUUUUCCAAAUGCACUGUACGCUAUAUUUCAGACAUCACUGGCCCGAUUUUGACAAACCAAAUUGAGGCUGUUCUGAGGGCAAAAGGGGGUGCAACUCAAUAUUAGGAAGGUAUUCCUAAUGUUUUGUACACUCAGUGUAUAUACAUCUCCUCAUGAGCAACAAGUUUCCCAUGAGGACCUAUAAGCUCAACCCAUUACAUUUUCCCCAAUCAGAAUUUGAACAAACAUAUCUCCUGUUUGAGCUACGGUCAUGAAAAUGUGUAGAUAUAUGCAUCUCCUCACGAGAAACCAGUUUCCCAUAAGGAUCUAUAAGCUCCGCCCAUUCACAAAAGGUGAACAUUUUGGCACUGUAAUUCCAUACAGAGACAGUUGACAAUUAAUAAUGUUGGUAAUGUUGUUGUUUUUUUUCUCUCUUUUUUUGGUGGAAUAAUUGGGGGGGGGGGGGGGGGGGGUCUGUAUGGAAUCUGUCUCCGUAUGUUCGUACAUACACUACGUGACCAAAGGUAUGUGGACACCUGCUCGUCGAAGAUCCAAAAUCAUGUGCUUUAAAAUGGAGUUGGUCCCCCCUUUUCUGCUAUAACUGCCCCCACUCUUCUGGGAAGGCUUUCCACUAGAUGUUGGAACAUUGCUGCGAUCAGGCAAUGAUGUUGGGCGAUUAGGCCUGGCUUGCAGUCUGCGUUCCAAUUCAUCCCUAAGGUGUUCGAUGGGGUUGAGGUCAGGGCUCUGUGCAGGCCAGUCAAGUUCUUCCACACCGAUCUCGACAAACCAUUCUGUAUGGACCUCGCUUUGUGCAUGGGGGCAUUGUCAUGCUGAAACAGGAAAGGGCCUUCCCCAAACUGUUGCCAUCAAAGUUGGAAGCACAGAAUCGAAUAGAAUGCCAUUGUAUGCUGUAGCGUUAAGAUUUCCCUUCACUGGAACGAAGGUGCCUAGCCCGAAUCAUGAAAAACAGCCCCAGACCAUUAUUCCUCCUCCACCAAACUUUAAAACCGGCGAGCUUUACACCACUCCAGCCGACACUUGGCAUUGCUCAUGGUGAUUUUAGGCUUAUGUUCAGCUGCUCGGCCAUGGAAACCCAUUUCAUGAAGCUCCUGACGAACAGUUGCUUCCAGAGGCAGUUUGGAACUUGGUAGUGAGUGUUGCAACCGACUGUCAGCAACGGUAUGGCUGAAAUAGCCAAAUCCACUAAUUUGAAGGGGUGUCCACAUACUUCUGUAUAUAUACAGUAGUGUACUUUUGAAAGUUAGUCACUCGCGAUAUUUCAGACACCACUGGGCCAAUUUUGACGAAACUUGGGUGAAUGAUGCGUCUUGCCAUGGAGAUCCGACAUUUACAAAAUUAUAGUGAUUGGCCCAAGGGGCCAAUCACUAUAUUAAAUCUGAAUUUCUUGCCAUUGACUAGAUGUUAUGCAAGGAACCAAGCAGGAGAAGCAGAUUGGAUAGAGUAUAAAAGCAAACAGGUUGGUGUGAUUGUGAUGUGUGUUUGGUUGUUGUUACCAGGCCAGUGCCAGCAGGGCUACUUCUGCCAGCGUGGAGCACCAGGUCCAGCUCCCCAGAGCUCAGCCAUCUUUCCCAGGAAUGGGCCCUGCCCUGUGGGCCACUAUUGCCUGUCUGGGACCCUCUCCCCACUGCCGUGUCCUGCAGGCAGCAUCCGAAACCACACUGGUACUUAGAGAUACACUACCAGUCAAAAGUUUGGACACACUUAAUCAUUCAAGGGCUUUUCUUUAUUUUUACUAUUUUUUACAUUGUAGAAUAAUAGUGAAGACAUCAAAACUAUGAAAUAACACAUAUGUACUCAUGUAGUAACCAAAAAAGUGUUAAACAAAUCAAAAUAUAUUUUAUAUUUGCGAUUCUUCAAAUAGCAACCUUUUGCCUUGAUGACAGCUUUGCACACUCUUGGCAUUCUCUCAACCAGCUUCAUGAGGUAGUCACCUGGAAUGCAUUUCAAUUAACAGGUGUGCCUUCUUAAAAGUUAAUUUGUGGAAUUUAUUUCCUUCUUAAUGCGUUUGAGCCAAUCAGUUGUGUUGUGACAAGGUAGGGGAGGUAUACAGAAGUUAGCCCUAUUUGGUAAAAGACCAAUGUCCAUAUUUGAGCAAGAACAGCUCAAAUAAGCAAAGAGAAAUGACAGUCCAUCAUUACUUUAAGACAUGAAGGUCAGUCAAUAAGGAACAUUUCAAGAACUUUGAAAGUUUCUUGAAGUGCAGUCGCAAAAACCAUCAAGCCCUAUGAUGAAACUGUCUCUCAUGAGGACCACCACAGGAAUGGGAGACCCAGAGUUACCUCUGCUGUAGAGAUAAGUUCAUUACAGUUACCAGCCUCAGAAAUUGCAGCCCAAAUAAAUGCUUCACAGAGUUCAAGUCACAGACACAUCUCAAGAUCAACUGUUCAGAGGGAACUGUGUGAAUCAGGCCUUCAUGGUCGAAUUGCUUCAAAAAAAACACUACUAAAGGACACCAACACCUCCAGGCUGAGUAAGGGCUAUUUUACCAAGAAGGAGUGUGAUGGAGUGCUGCAUCAGAUGACCUGGCCUCCACAAUCCCCUGACCUCCACAAUCCCCUGACCUCAACCCAAUUGAGAUGGUUUGGGAUGAGUCGAAUGGCAGAGUGAAGGAAAAGCAGCCAAAAAGUGCUCAGCAUAUGUAGGAACUCCUUCAAGACUGUUGGAAAAGCAUUCCAGGUGAAGCUGGUUGAGAGAAUGCCAAGAGUGUGCAAAGCUGUCAUCAAGGCAAAGGGUGGCUAUUUGAAGAAUCACAAAUGUAAAAUAUAUUUUGAUUUGUUUAACACUUUUUUGGUUACUACAUGAUUCCAUAUGUGUUAUUUCAUAGUUUUGAUGUCUUCACUAUUAUUCUACAAUGUAGAAAAUAGUAAAAAUAAAGAAAAACCCUUGAAUGAGUAGGUGUGUCCAAACUUUUGACUGGUACUGUACAUCAACAUAAUAAGGAUACUUGCUGGGAUUCAAGCCAACACAGAUUAACGACCUGUGUACUACGAUUGACUUUUAAAGGUGAUUUAUGCUUGAGCUGACAUCCACGGUGACACAAUCUCAGGGAUCAUCUGGGAAUUGCCUUUAAAGGUUCAUCGCAGUGUGCAGGUUGUUAAUCUGCGUUGGUUUGAAUCCUGGCCUUAGUGUUGUUUUUCUUGUAUUAGAUACAGUUGACUCCUGAUAACUGCAUAUUGGUUUAGUGUAAACUACGAAGUGCCGUUACAAAUCAGAUACAUACCUUUUUUUUUUACUCACUCCUGAUAUCGGCAUGUUCUGCUUUAGUGCUAAAUGGCAUGCAUUUAUCAGGAGUCAACAGUGUUCUGAAUGCUCAUUAGCUCAUGGCAGCACAAUGCCUUGAUUCAAAGAUGUGAUCUGAAUAAUGCUAAAUUGAGUCUGAAUUUAUUUUGUUACUGUUAUCCAACAGGUGGGUUAUCCAUAGACAGCUGCUCCCCCUGUCCCCCCGGACACUACUGUUCCAUUGAGGGCCUGGCCUCCCCCAGUGGCCUGUGUGCUGCUGGCUUCUACUGCCCAUUUGACUUCUCCUCCACCACGCCCUAUGCCUUCCUCUGCCCUAAGGUGAGCCCUGUCCUGCUCGCCUCACUCCUGUCCAAUUGGACUACGGUAGAACCUCAAAGAUUUGAACCUCAAAAUGUACGGACUGACUGGUCAAAGGAAUGGUCAAUAUCAAACCGGGACAUGUAUAAAAUAUUUUCUAUUGUGGUUUGAUGUGAUUUUUGACAUUGCAGUAUUCUGAACGACUACAAUUCCCGACGUGUUUGUAUAUCUGUGGUCCUAUAGUAAUGAAUAAUAAUGGUAAUCGAUAGGAUUUAUUUAUGACUUUUCCAAGGGAUCAAAUGAUUUUUUUGUAGACAGUUCUAGAAACAGGGGUAGAUGGAUGAGGAGGAGAGAGUAAGAGUGAUGGACGCGGGGGCAACCCCAGUCUCCGGGUUCGAUUGUGCUACCACUCAAUCACAUCCUCUGCACCAAAUCAAUUUGACGAACUUAGCUCAUCCGUUUAAAAUGUACAACACCCACCAGAGAGAAUCCCAAAUUGCUCCCUAAUCCUCCAUUUGGCCUAACCCUUCAAUGUUUUAUAAAUCUGUAAGGAACAAUAUGGUGAUUCGCUGAUUAAAACCCCAUCAAAAUACACUGAGUGUAUAAAAUAUUAGGAACUUCCCAAUAUUGAGUUGCACCCCCUUUUGCCCUCAGAACAGCCUCAAUUUGUCUGAAUGGUAUACAUACACAAUCCAUGUCUCAAUUGUCACAAUGCUUAACAAUCCUUCUUUAACCUGUCGCAUCUACACUAAUUGAAGUGGAUUCAACAAGUGACAUCAAUAAGGGAUCAUAGCUUUCACCUGGAUUCACCUGGUCAGUCUAUGUCAUGGAUAGAGCAGGUGUUCCUAAUGUUUUGUACACUCAGUGUAUGUUGAUGAAUGCCGUGUUUGUGGUGACUUACAAUUUCAAUAAAUGGCAGACUGUCGGCCACACUCGAUACACUAAACUUUUUUCAUAACCUGUAGUUAGACAGGUAGAGAGUUGUUUUGCCUUCAUCAACUCGAUUGGUAGGAAAACAGUGACGAACAUAACACUGCUGGGAGGAAUGUACUUGAAAUGUAACAUCCAAUCAAAAUGCAGCCACUGGAAGCCAGCGUGCCAUUCUAGCCGUUUCGGCUAAUACAAAAUUCUCCAGACCUCCAAAGGAGUGGCGUGACAACAACGUGAUUUGAAGGUAUGGCUACGUGAGACUAUACCUUUCCAGAUCCUUCAGAUCUGCAAACACUGAAGGGUUAGUGCUAAGAGAAGGUCUAGGGUGCGAUUUGGGACCGGCUCUGAGACUACUGAAAUGUCUCCCUACCCAGGGUCACUACUGUCCAGAGGGCUCUCCCCUGGCCCUGCCCUGUCCUACAGGAGAGUACCAGCCCAACCCAGGCUCUGACUCCUGCAUCCCCUGCCGCCCUGGCUUCUACUGUGAGGAGGCUAUUGUUGGAGACCCCUGGCCCUGCCCCCCUCACUCCUUCUGCCCUGCAGGUACACAGAUAUUGGUUAUAUGUAGGUCCAGGAGUUUUUCCUGACUAUAUGAUCAUACCAGGAAAAACUCUUGGACCUAGAUAUGAACCCAAGGACUCUGAAUUAACUUUGGCAAGGGUUCAAUAUUACAAGAGUUCAGUUUUUCCUUGUCAGGUCUCAGGAUCAGGAGGGACUCUAGGAAUUAGUUAACACACCAAUAUUAAGUUAACUCAUCUGGCCCAUAUCUACCAGAUUCCAAAUCCGAAAACGUUAUUACCAUGCAACAAGUGUUACUAGGAAUUGAUUUAGGUGUGUAGGCCUACACAGAACAAAAACAUCAACAUCAGCUGCAAAAAUGCAACCUUAUCAUACUGUCAUACUGUUUGCACCUUUGUCUUUACCAGCCACAAUGGUUCCCCAGCCGUGCCCCAACGGUACGUUCACCCCUGCUGACCUAGAGGGGUUACAGGAAGAGCGGGAGUGUCUGCCCUGCCUCCCAGGGAGGUUCUGCAGGUACGGUAACAGAACACUCUCUUCUCAUUAACACCUCACUCUACAGUCACACAUUAAACUCUCAGUUACGUACCAAAUAAGAAAGGCCCUUAAGCAUGUGUGGUUCAGUGAUUAUGGUUCAAGAGGGCCAAUUAGCAUAUUAUUAUAUUUUAACUGUCUAAUAAAUACAUUUCAUAUACAGUAUGCUAUCGGCAGUGGUGGAAAAAGUACUCAAUUGUCAUACUUAAGUAAAAGUAAGGUUACCUUAAUAGAAAAUGACUUUAGUGAAAGUCACCCAGUAAAAUAAUACUUGAGUAAUAGUCUAAAAGCAUCUGGUUUUAAAUAUACUUAAGUGCAGUGGUGGGAAAAAUACUAAAUUGUCAUACUUGAGUAAAAGUAAAAAGUAAAUGCUAUACAUCAAAUUCCUUACAUUAAGUAAAUCAGAUGGCAUGAUUGUUUUUUAUUUUAUUUUUAUUUACGGAUAGCCAAGGGCACAUUCAGACAUAAUUGACAAAUGCAGUAUUUGUGUUUAGUAAGUCCGCCAGAUCAGAGGCAGUAGGUAUGAUAACGCGUUAUAUUAAUAGGUGCGUAAAUUGGACCAUAAUUCUGUCCUGCCUGAGCAUUCGAAAUGUAACUAAUACUUUUGGGUGUACAGGAAAAUGUAUGGGAGUAAAAAAUACAGAUUUUCUUUAGGAAUGUAGUAAAAGUAAAAGUAGUCAAAAAUGUAAAUAGUAAAGUACAGAUACCCCAAAACACUACUUAAGUAGUACUUCAAAGUAUUUUUACUUAGUUACUUUACACCACUGGCUAUCAGUAGAAUACUCAUUUGGUGGUGUUUAUGAAGGUCUUAGGUAACAUUAGAAUACAAAAAAACAUACAAAACCAACUAAUAGCAUUUUCAUUAAUUUAUGUUACUGAAGGCUAUAUGUAAAAAAAAAAACACUAAAACACCACAAUCACAAAGAAAUCCAUUAGUAUUUUGUUUUGGUAGGUCUUAAGAAACAUUAUGGAAAUAAGAAAAUGUAUUUAAAAAUAACAGAAUAGCAUAUUUUAAGUUGUAUUAUGUUACUAGUCUUUGCUUAGUAGCCUGAGCAAUGUUGCCACGAGUGCUUACGUGGAACGCAUCGACAGCACGGUUAUUCUUGGAAAAGGGUAUAUUUUGAAAUAGAGCUGAAUGUUGAGUUAUUUGACUGUGUUUGGGAAACCGGCCCUUCAUGUAUAGUAAUGAACUGCUUGUUUGACGGCAGACGCAAAGCAUAUUUUCCCCAAAGGGAUUCAAUUAACUUAAUUCAAAGUCAUAGGUAAGGUUGUGGUAAGAUCCUCUGUGCCACAAAGCGUCUCAGAGUAGGAGCGCUGAUCUAGGAUUAGUUUAGCCUUUUAGAUCAUAAUGGAUAAGAUUUAUAUGGACAGAUCCUAGAUCAGCAUUCCUACUCUGAGAUGCUUUGUGGAUACGGACCCUAGUCAUUAAUAAUGUACUGUAACUAUUCUAACUGUAGGGCUGGUAAGAUACAGGGCCGUUGUGCAGCAGGGUAUCUGUGUAUGUCCGGCAGCUCUGAGUUCACACCACAGGGUCCUCACUCCUGGAGCCAGUGUGAAUGGGGGAUGCAGUGUGCCGGCCCCUGUCCAGCAGGUGGGUCACUUUUUAUGAGUCGUUCAAAAACAGGAUAACAUACAAUGUUUUAUUUCAAAGUCCAAGAUUACAGGGGCGACAUUUAUUGGCCGUUUAUUGGAUAUGAGAGAUUUGGGAUUAUGAUUUUGGAGUUCCUGUGUUCGAUGUUUGUUGUUACAUUACUUGGUCAUACAGGUCUGAGUAUCGAUUUUAAUGUGUAAUGAUUGGGAGUCUUUGUUGUCUCAGGAUUCUACUGCCCAGAAGGUUCAGAGAAGCCUGAAAUCUGCCCUGAAAACACUAUCAGAGUUUCACCUGGAGCAGCCAAUAUCCACGAUUGUCUGGCCAUGUCCACCACAGCACUGGUGCAAAAAAGGUAAUUAUAACACCUAAUAAUAAUGAUGCCUUAUGAUGCUUAUUCCUUCUUCCCAUUUUAAUCAAAACAUUGGAAUUCAAAGACAUGAGACUAUGAGACACUAGACCUAGGUUCAAAUAAUAUUUGUGAUCUUUCAACUACUUUUGGGACUUUUAUAUUGGUUCCAUUGCAACAUGCAGCUCAAUAAUUUUAAAUGAUUUCAAAUAGUAUUUGAACCCACAUCUGUGAGACACCAUUAGUAUUUAGUCCACAUUUUUAGAAUUCCAUUGAACUCUUCUACAGGUGACCCUGUCCUGCAUCUGUGUCCUUCUGGUCACUACUGUGAUGGGGUGGCUGGUGGUGACUACGAGGGAGGGACUGGACCCAGGGAAUGUCCAUUAUUCACCUACAGAUCCACCCCCGGGGCAGCCAGCAAGGGGGACUGCCACCCCUGUCCUCCUGGAUCCUAUUGUAACUCUACAGGUCAGACUGAAACCCCUUAGACUUCAAUAUCUUACAAUACUAUUACUGUGCCAUUGGGGCGGCAGGAAGCCUACAUUUACAUUUUAGUCUUUUAUCUUAUCCAGAGCGACUUACAGGAGCAAUUAGGGUUAAGUGCCUUGCUCAAGGGCACAUCGACAGAUUUUUCACCUAGUCGGCGCGGGGAUUAGAACCAGCGACCUUUCGGUUACUGGGACAAUGCUCUUAACCACUAAGCUACCUGCCGCCUAGAGGUUAGAAAAGCGGGCAAGCAUCCGGAGGGUUGCCGGUUGGACAGGGAAAAAAUGUCUGAGCGGGAAAGAAUGUCUAACAAGGAAAACAUUUGUCAGGGCAAAUGUCUGACAGGGGAAAAAAUCUGGUCCUACAUGGCAUCUCCUGCCAUUUUGCCUUGAGCAAGCCACUGAAACCCUAAACUGCUCAAUGGGCGCCAUAGUGUGGUUGCCCUGCUCCAACCUCACCAACCUCUGCAUGUGUAUGUAUUUCGGAGGGGUUGGAGUAAAGCAGAAGACAAGUUUCUGUUAGACACAAUAAUGCAUUCUUCUAUCAUUGAUUCUGAAGUUCCUUCGUGAAAGACAACAUUCGUUUAUGUCCUGAAAUAGGAGAGCAGAGGUGGGUAAUGAGCUAUAAUAAGGGGAAUCUGAAACACAUUUUCCUGAGGCAAGACAAAUGAGUACCCUGUGGAUUUACACAUAACUAAAGUAAUCCAUUAACUUUCCUUGACAAACCGCAUACUAUUAGAACUACAAUUAUCUUCCAACCCCAUUGAUUUGCAUUUUAAUAAAGCUGUAAUGUAAUCAUUAGGCUCAAAUCACCAGCAGACUUUUACAGUGCUUGCUCUCCCUGGGUUGUUUUUUCAGGUCUUACAGAUUACUCUGGCUACCCCUGUCCCCCGGGCUACUGGUGCAGUGGCACUGGUCUACCCAUCCUAUGCCCGGCGGGUACCAUGAGGCCCCUGCCAGGGGCAGCAGCUGCCAGUCAGUGUGAGCCGUGUGCAGGGGGCACCUACUGCCCAGACCCCAUGUCCACAGGGCAGCCCAACAUUGCUGGAAUCUCCUGUAGAGCCUCGUACCAGUGUCCCCCUGGUAGGUGAGGAUGUAUGGAGGAAUAGUAUGUCUUAGGGCCAGGAGUUUUUCCUGACCAUGUGGGACCUGACUUGGAAAAACUCCAGGCCAAACAACCUGACAAAGGAAAAACCUAGGCCCUAAUAAUUAUGAGGGCUCCGAGUUUUUCCUGAUCUAGUAAUUGUGUGUGUGUGUGUGUGUGUGUGUGUGUGUGUGUGUUGUGCGUGUGUGUGCGUGCAUGUAUGUUGGUCAGGUGCGGUCUCAGAGAGGCUGUGUAAGGCUGGCUCCUACUGUGGGCCCCAGACUGCAGAGCCUGAAAUUUGUCCUGAAGGCUACCUCUGUCCAGAGGGAUCUCACACUUACAACACACCAAACCAAGUGUGAGUAGGCCUAACUCAAAAGUGAUACUUACCCCAGUUCAUAGGCAUAUUCAUUAUGGUCCUUAACAUGACAAGAAACAGUAACAUUUAUAUUAAAUCUAAGCUAUGACAUCAUAGAUUUACUUUGAAGAUAACAUUGAAAAUAUGAUCAUUGGUCAUUCCACAGUUGUAUGUUUCCCUACUACUGUCCUGCCAACAGCUCUGCCAUGCUGUCAUGUGAGGGGGGCUCCGUGCCCCUUAACACCAGUGGCCCCAGAGCCUUCCAGGACAGCAGCUGUGGGCUGUGUGAGGCAGGGACCUACCGACCUCGGCUGUCCCCCCAACCUCACUGCCUCACCUGCCCACCAGGGUACCACUGCCCUCCAGGUUAGCUGUUUGUGCUACUUUUAGUUUAGUGUGAUUGCUUUAGCAAGAUUUAGCUAUCCUUUCCACAAUAUAUCCAUCUUUCCAACCCUCUUUUAUCCAUUCGUUCAUUCUUCGAACCUUCAUUCAUGCAUCCUUCCAAUUUUCACCGAUCCACCCAUCUUUCAAAGUUUUAUCGAUCCAUCUAUACCUUCUUAGCCUCGUACGAACCAUCCCUAGCUACCGUGUAGCGAAACAGAAUGUAAGCUUGUGAGAUCAGGAUGGUUUGUACGAGACUAAUACCUUCUUGCCUACUUAAAUGAAUCCAACCAACCACCAUCAUCCAUCCAUCAUACCGUCGUCCUCCUUCCAUCCAUACAUCUAUCCAAUCUUCAAGCCUAACAUUUAGUUAUCCAUCCAUUCUUCUUUCUUCAUCCAUUCAUUCAUCCAUCCAUCCAUCCAUCCAUCACACUUUUCAUCUUUCUUGAUUUCAAAUGCUUCCUAACCAUAAAGCUGUCCGAUAUUUUCUGUCCAUCAGGGACAGAGCACUACCACAGCAACCCCUGUCCCCUGGGCUAUGUGUGUCCACUGGGCUCAUCCAGUCCUGUCCCUUGCCCCCCUGGUUCUUUUGGUAAUCUCUCCAACGCUGAACACCUGGAGGACUGCUACCCAUGUCCGCCUGAUACCUUCAACCAUCUGGCUGCCCAGAGAGCCUGUUUCCCCUGCGGAAGCUCCUCUACUGCACCCCAAGGUCUGAUCAAACAGGUGCACUACACUAAGGGCCGGGAGUUUUUCCUGAUCACAUGACCAGACCAGGAACAACUCCUGACCCUUUUUCUGUUUGUGUUUGUGUGUACGUGUGCAUUUUUUGUGUAACAUAAUUAAGGCCAUGCGUUUCCACUGCUCCAGAGUCCAAUGGCGGCGAGCUUUACACCACUCUUGCCGACGCUUGGCAUUGCGCAUGGUGAUCUUAGGCUUGUGUUCUGCUGCUCGGUCAUAGAAACCCAUUUCAUGAGGCUCCCAACAAACAGUUAUUGAGGACAGACAAGUUUUACACGCUACACACUUCAGCACUCUGCGGUCCCGUUCUGUGAGCUUGUGUGGCCUACCACUUCGCGGCUGAGCCGUUGUUGCUCCUAGAUGUUUCCACUUCACAAUAACAGUACUUACAGUUGACCGGGGCAGCUCUAGCAGGGCAGAAAUUUGACGAACUGACUUGUUGGAAAGGUGGCAUUGUAUGACGGUGCCACGUUGAAAGUCACUGAGCUCUUCAAUAAGGCCAUUCUACUAUCAAUGUUUGUCUAUGGAGAUUGCAUGGCUGUGUAUUCGAUUAUAUACACCUGUCAGCAACAGGUGGGGCUGAAAUAGCCGAAUCCACAAAUUUGUCCACAUACUUUUAAAUAUACUGUAUAAUGUAAUAUGCUUUUCAUGUCCUCUGUUACUAAUUAUGAAAGGGAGGACUGGAACACUAUCGGUCUCUAAAACAGUUUGCUGGAAAUAAUUCUGGAACCCCUGCGUUUAGGGUGAAUCCUGUCUCUUUUAAAAAGUGCUGGUUGCUCCCACAUCAAAUAAAAACUGUAACAAAAGGAGAUAUGUCAUAUCAAAGUUUCUUCAGGUACUUGUUUAGGGCAACGAGGCAACAGAAACUUUUCGAACCCCUUCGAUAACCUUUAUUUGAGGAUAAUGCUGCACCAUCUUACAUAAAAAGAAAAGGGGACAGUUUGAUAAAGCUUUAAAUAAAGGUCAUGUGACAUGAUUGUCCAAAACACAUUUGAUGUCGCCUCAUCUCAGUUUGAAAGUGUGCUUCGAUUACACAGACAGCCCAAUUCUGAUCUUUUUUUACCACUAAUUACCAAUAAUUGGACAAAAUAUCAGAAUUGGGCUGCCUGUGUAAAUGCAGCCUAAGUAUCACAGCUUGACUUUUACUAUACCACAGGGGCCUCUUCCUGCACCUGCGUUGGGAAGAACCGUGCUUUCCAGCACUCAGACGGCUCCUGUCUGUGUCGAACUGGCUUUAUUUUCUACAACGAUCUGGAUUUCAAGAGCUCCAGCUCUGACAGUGAACUGGACUGCCAGCCUGAGGUUAGAUUCAGCAAUCAGUGUAGUCGAAUGCAUCUGUGUUUGGCUGCUCGGAUACAGAUGUAACCAUACAUGACACUUGUCAUGUUUUAGAACUGUUCCUUGUGAGUGCAUGUUUGUCUCCUACUGCACUAAUGGAGGGAAUAAGAGUAGAAACCCUCUCUGGUCUCUGGACUGUAGGUGAACAAGCGCUGCAGUGCGGGACAGGUGCGUCUGGCUGCGUCCAGAGAGUGUGUCUCUCCUUCUCACCACUCCUGUAACGUCACCUGUGGACCGCAGGGAGGGAGUCUGGAUGUGGAGAUGGGCAUGUGAGUACUCUGUCAACACAACAGUCAAUGUAAUAUAAUAUAAUAUAUGCCAAUUAGCAGACACUUUUAUCCAAAGCGACUUUCAGUCAUGUGUGCAUACAUGUUUAUGUAUGGGUGGUCCUGGGAAUCGAACCCACCAUCCUGGCAUUGCGAGCGCCAUCACCAACUGAGCUACAGAGGACCACAUGUCCAAUUUGUACCGUUCAAUAUUUCUGUUGUAUUUACUGUUUGCUUAUUCAAAACUAUCUCUGGUCUAUUGAAUUAACUGGAAUAUUGUUCAAUGUUACAAGUUGGUAAGAGUGUGGCGCUCGCAACACAAGGUCGUUGGUUCAAUUCCCGCAGCGAUCACAUAUACUUACUAUGUAUGCCCUCCCUGUAAGUCACGUUGGAUAAAAGGGUCUGUUCGCUCGUAUUUGUUUAUAAGCAGAUCUAUUUUAUAUUAAUCUAUGCCAUGAUAUAUAGUAGCCUAUAUACUAUAAAUCCCUCCUACUUCCAACUCAGUAGCUUAAAGUCUCUCUCUCCUCAUCAGCUGCCACUGUGAGCACUACGUAUCAGCAGAGGAGCUGUGCAACACCUCGUGUCUGUCCCGACUGCCACACAUCUCUGCCAGGCUCUCCCCAGAUGGACAGCUGCUGCUGGGGAUCAAAGAGCCAGAUGAAAGCCGAGCGUGGAGCAGA